AGGGCACCCCGGGAGAAAAGGCAAGCCUUUCUCAAACUCACCUUAUUUCUGAAUUUAGGAAUUUGGAGAAAGGCCUCUGACGAUUACCUUAAUAAUUGGGUGGCUCCAAAAGGGAGGAAAUACUCCUUCAGGUAUCCAAGACUUGAGCCCUUUAAAACUCCUGUUUUUAAAUGUGCUAGGAAACUGACUGGGCGCUGGUGUGUUACAGAAUUUCUAAACUGGUGAGAUGUGUUCCCCGAUUCCAGUCCUGGUUAGCAAUCCAGCUGCCGUAUUUUGUAUUAACUGAAGUUACUGAUGUUACUGGAUGCAACAAUAAAGAAGUCCAAUAACGCGACGUCAGAGCAUGGCAGGAUAACCGUGGCAAGGUUACGUAUAUCUGUCCAGGACAGUUUGCAGACAGCACACCAGCUAUAACUGGUAAACUUUGUGUCCCUGAGGGCUUCUGAUUAUCGGAUCAGCUCCAAGCUGCAAACAUGAUCCUAGGGGAAGUGCAACCACGUAGAAAUAAGGUAAAAAUCUACUGCUUCUUUUUAAUUUCCUUCUGGAAAUCUUUUUUUUUUUUAAACAACAACAACCACCUGUAUAAUUAGUAAUAACAUUGCUAGUAAAGUAAUGUUUGGCAAAAGAUAGAUGAUAGAUAGAUAGAUAGAGAUGUUGAUGUUUCAAACAGUUUUGGGAGGAAUGUUCUAUUUCUUAGAAAAGUGUAGGGCUUUUUUUCAGCUGGAGCUCACCGGAGCUCUGCACCUCUCAGGUGGGCGCCAUUGCCAUUAUAAGAGAAGAAGGGAGAAGUUCAUGGUCAGUUCUGACACCUCUUUUUCUAGAAAGAUAACAUGGGAAAAGUGGAUAUGCUUUUGCAAUUCUGGAAUCAAACAAGUAUUUGUCGCAAUCUAAGCUUAGAGGUGUAAGAAAUUAUAUUUAAAAAAUACACAAAAUGGGCACCCGUGCUUAAUCACAUUUUCUUUUUAAUGUGAGUCUUAUAUGAAUGGUCCACUGAAUAUGUUUAAGCCUUAAUCAAUUGCUUGCUAAUUGAUGGAAUGUUUAAUGCAUGGCAUAUUUAAUGACAACCUAUUUCGUGUAUUGUGUAUAUACACUUUUUCCUGUUUGUAUCGUUUGUGAUAUAGCAUAGCUUAGUGAUAGCACCGUUUACAAAUGAAUAUGCUGUGUCCCAUCUUUUUGAUAUAUUGGUAUAUUCAUUUCACUCAGAGGCAGCUUACGCUAAAAUCCCUCAAGAAAUGCAAUGAGGCACAAAAAUAUGAAGUCUGGAUCAGAAUGCACAGGUCCAUUAAAUUCACUUAUGGGUGGGUUUUUUUCAAUUUUAUGAAGAAGUAUUAUGGACUUGUAAUGUCAGCUGGUACAAUGGAAUCUAUUUUUAAUCUCAGUCUGCGACAUAAACCUUAAUUUUAUACAUAUAAAAUCAUAGACUCAUAGAAUUGUAAAGUUGGAAGGAACUGUGAGGAUUAUCUAAUCCAACCUCGUGGAAUGUUAUAUGUCAGUCUUUCCUCUUUCUCUGUAUUUCUUUCUCCUCCUUUCACGGACCUUUCUCGUCUUAAAAAUAUCACUUUUUAAAGGGGGAAGGCUCAGCUUACUUGUGGGUAAGCUGAAGACCACUUAUCUGUACAUCAGAAGAUACAGUGGUACCUCGGGUUACAUAUGCUUCAGGUUACAUACGCUUCAGGUUACAGAUUCUGCUAACCCAGGAAUAGUACCUCGGGUUAAGAACUUUGCUUCAGGAUGAGAACAGAAAUCAUGCAGCGGCGGCGCAGCAGCAGCAGGAGGCCCCAUUAGCUAAAGUGGUGCUUCAGGUUAAGAACAGUUUCAGGUUAAGAACGGACCUCCGGAACGAAUUAAGUACUUAACCCGAGGUACCACUGUAAUGUUGUUUGAUAGUGUAGCAGUAAUAAACCAAACUGGGGCAGCAUUUCAUGGAAGUGAACGGGGACGAAAUGUGAAAAUGGACUGCCAUUUUACAAUGGUACCCACAAUGACUACAAACUCACUUCCCUAAGAGUUUAUUCAGUGUGUGUUAUUGUGCCAAUAUAAUAUUAUUUUUUCCAAUGUGCACCAUUAUUAUUUUUCAACAUGAAAAUCCAUCAGCCAUUUUGCUUCCCAUUCACCUAGCUAGCUCUCUGGCAUCCGUUUGUUCCUAUUCACAGCCAGCUUAGACUUAAGUGACCUAAAGCAGUUGGUGUCGUAAUUUUGCCGUUUCGCUCCCCCACUUAGCCUCUAGACAAUUCAUUAACCUUUUUAUUAAAAGGUAAUAAUGUAGAUCUGGAGGCGGACAACCUUCAUCUACCCCUGGUAUUGUGAAAACUGACAAUUCAUUCUUAUCUCUCCUCGAAGCAAUUACUGAACAGUAAUUACCAAUACAACAGAAUCGGUAAUUUGUAUCUUGUCAUCAGAGCAUCACAAAAGUUUAUAACAGUGUGAAAGUAACACAAGGUGACGUCAGCAGAAGUUAACUCGCACUCUAAUAAUAAUAAUAAUAAUAAUAAUAAUAAUAAUAAAUUUUUAUUUAUACCCCGCCCUCCCCGGCCAGAGCUGGGCUCAGGGCGGCUAACACCAAUAAAAUCACAGUAAAAACAUAAUGGGAGGGGGAAAGAAAAGGAACCCCCCCCCAAAAAAACAAUUUAAAAUACAGGUUAAAAUGCAGCCUCAUUUUAAAAGUAGCCUUUAAAAUAAGCUGCAACACACACUAUCUCAGAAUGCUACAUUUCACUGGCAGAUUGUAACAUGCCCCUCUUAAAAACCUCUUUUAGCAAGUAAGAAAAUGAAAUAUUAAAAUAAAAUGGGAUGUGGAAUAAAAUGAAUUUAUGCAAAUCCGAAUAAAAUCUAAAUGAAUAUAAGGAUAAAACAAACUGAAAUUUCUGAUUCUUCUCUGACAAGACACAGCAUUCUCUCUUAAGAACUGUCUCCUCUUAUCAGUUACUGCAAAUAAGUCAUUGUCCCAGGAUAAAAACAUUAUCGAAUUUGUCAGAUGCUUUUUCCUGAAGGAUGGGGCCUCACUCUUCACCCACAUUAGGAAAAUCCCUACUGAAUUACAACAGGACAUUGCCUAUUAUUCCAUAGCUUUGUAGGAGAUGUGAGGGUUAGCCCAUAAGGUUAGGUUAGCAGUGAACAGUGAGAUGAGAUGGGGACACUUACCACACACACACACACACACACACACACACACACACACACACGUCCAUAGCUAUCAACGUUUCCCAUUUUUUAAGGGAAAUUCCCUUAUUACAAAUAGGAUUCCUUGCAAGAAAAGGGAAAAGUUGACAGCUAUGCACCCGUCUCCCAUGUCACUGCUGCACACUGGAAUGGAAAGGGGUGAGGCAGCAACGAGUUUGCCAUGUUGCAAACUCUCCAGGAGAGCUAAUUGGGCACGCCUACCAGUGUAUUUGGGACACGGGUGGCGCUGUGGGUUAAUCCACAGAGCCUAGGACUUGCCGAUCAGACGGUUGGCGGUUGCUCGGUCCCUGCUCCUGCCAACCUAGCAGUUCGAAAGCACGUCAAAGUACAAGUAGACAAAUAGGUAACGCUCCAGCGGGAAGGUAAACGGCGUUUCCGUGCGCUGCUCUGGUUCGCCAGAAGCAGCUUAGUCAUACUGGCCACAAGACCCAGAAGCUCCCUCGGCCAGUAAAGUGAGAUGAGCACCGCAACCCCAGAGUCGGUCACGACCGGACCUAACGGUCAGGGGUCCCUUUACCUUUAGCUUUACCAGUGUGUUUGCACCGUGCAGAUCUGACCACCGCUGUGACCCUCUGCAUCUAUGAAGCAGCCUCACAACCCUACCCUGCUGUCUGCUAUUGCAUAAGGCUUUUUUUGAAAUCCAAGUAUUGCUAAAUCCAUGUGACAUCUCUGAAACACAGCAGCAUUUGGCAUGUGUAUAUGGGCCUCAGCACAAGUCCAUACCGAUGGCCAAAGUCAUACAUGUGACAUCAGGGAGGGUCGUUUGCUGUUGCACAACUGUGCUCGCAGCAAUGCUGUCUUAAAACAAUUUGCAACGUUUACCUGUCAAGGGGUGUUUCACACACUAAUCAAAAGGCACUAUUUGCUGCUGAUAGAAGCCUGCCGAUAUGAAUCUAAUAAAAUUAGCAUUUGUUAUAUUCUGUGCUUUUUUCCGAGGGUACUCAAAAGCAUGCAGUACCAGCAUACUUUUGUCCUAGAAGAAAAGCACUAGUUAUAUUCACACUGAUCACUGGUCAGAUUUUCUCCCUUCUACAGCCGAAAAGGAACAAAUUGCCCUUCCUCUUCAUUCUGCAGCACCAGACAAACAUGUUGUCCUUGUAGAUAUGUUGUUCCUAACACAAUCAGUGUCUGACGUGUAUUAAAUUCAAAACUCAGGAAGGCAACCUUGAGUUUCUUUCUCCCUUUGCUUUGUUUGGGCUACAGCUUGCAGGAUAUACAUUUUAAAAUAAAGAUACCUCGCAAAGAAGCAGAAAACAGAGAAGGACAAGGUCUCAUGACACUGUCUGCAAUAUAUUGGUGGUGGAUUAGACACUAGUACAGCAUGAUAGGGAACAUGCCCCCCCCCCGGCAGCAUUGUUGGACUACAGUUCCCAUAAUCCCUGGCCAAUAGCCUUGCUGGUUGAGGCAUAUAGAAGUUGGAGUCCUACAACCUCUGGCGGACCACAGGUUAUUCACUAUGUAGCCAAGCAUUCAACAGUGGCCAACGAGAUGCCUCUGGAAAGUUCACAAGAAAUUGAAUUAUAUUGAAAUUGAAAUACUUUAUUGUCACUUGUACGACUUGUAUACAGCGAGAUUACACGAGCAUCCCCCACUCAGCUCUCUGAGUCUUAAUUCCCCUCGUUUACUGACGCACACCCACCAAACCCGAAAGCCAGUUGCCCUGUUGUUAUCUUUUCAUUCAGCAGCCUAACAGCCCACGGAUAGAAGCUGUUCUUUACCCUGUUGGUGCGACUAAUCAUGCUUCUAUAUCUUCUGCCUGAGGGCAGGAGAUCAAGAAAGUGCCAGCCAGGGUGUGAAUCAUCCCUGAGAAUUUUCCUCACUCUCCUGAGGCAACGUUCUUCUGCUAUUUCAUCCAGUGGAUUCACGGGACAGCCCAUAAUAUCUUGUGCUGUAUUCACCACCCUCUGUAGGCACUUUCUAUCAGCUGAUGUCAAACCAGCGUACCACACCGUGAUGCAGUAUGAAAGGACACUUUCUAUUGUUGACCAGUAGAAGGAGAUCAUCAAAUGUUGAUUGACAUUGUUCUCCCGCAAUACUCUGAGGAGAUGGAGUCUCUGUUGGGCUUUCUUAACCACCUGGGUUAUAUUUAUCUUCACUGAGAUAAAUUCCUAGGAAAUUAAAGGAAGAGACUCUCUCCACACAGCCCUCCCUGAUGCACAGCAGGGCUAGUUCUCUCUUCCUCCAAAAGUCCAACACCAUCUCCUUUGUCUUGCUGAUAUUAAGGUGCAAGUUGUUCCCUAGGCACCAUGUAGAAGAAGAACAUGAUGUAACACUCUCCUCUAUUGUUCAGCCCCAUUUUUGAAUAAUGGAGGCUCUAUUUGUCUACAUAUCCCGAAACAUUUCUCGGAUGAAAAUAGGGACAUCCUAUUUCAUAAUAAUAAUAAUUUUAUUAUUUAUACCCUGCCUAUUUGACUGGGUUGCUCCAGCCACUCUGGGCGGCUUCCAACACAUAUAAAAACAUAACAAAACAUUAAACAUUUUAACACUUCCCUAUAGAAUGCUGCCUUCAGGUGCCUUCUAAAGGUUAUCUCCUUAACUCGGGAGUCACAUAACUCAUAAACCUCAAACAUAUAUCUGAUGAAAAUAGGGACGUCCUACCAUACCCUCCAACACUUCUCUGAUGAAAAUAGAGAUGUCCUAAGGAAAAGUGGGACAUUCCAGGAUCAAAUCAGAAACUGGGACGGCUUUUGUAAAUCCGGGACUGUCCCUGGAAAAUAGGGACACUUGGAGGGUUUGCUAAUAUCCAGUGAUAGACCUGUCACGGCUAAAAUGGCCGCUGUUUCUUUAAUGCGAAUAAAGCUGGGUCAGCAUGAGUCAGCGGCCUGCACUGGGUUGUAUAUAUAGAGAGAGAAAUGUUAGUUUGUUUGCUGAGGCUGGUGUUUGGGUUGGUUGGUUGGUUGGUUGGUUAGUGCUGGUGUGUAUAGUUAUUCAGUCGUGUUUUGCACAAAGAUUUUUAAGAAUAAAACUCUGCAAGGGUAUUCUCGUGGACUCUUUUUGUGCCGACAAGGGUCCGAGGACCAGGCUGAGGAGACAAAGGGAGGUCAGAACCUUUUCCUCCUUUUUUGCUUUUUACAAACCUGUAUUCCAUUAAUCUGUAUAAUCCGUAUUUAAUCACCCUCUGAAGAUGGUUAUUCAAAUAGGACCGGAACGGCUGCAAAACAGUGCUACCCACACCAACUGAGACAUCUGCUCCAGAAGAAUACCAUGGUUCAUGGUAUGAAAAAGUGCUGAAGGAUCAAGGAGGAUUAACAGGGACACAUUUUCCCUUUCUCUCUCCUGAUAAAGGUGUAGGGUGACAAAGACAGUUUCCAUUGCCUGAACUUUGCUUUAAAUUGAUCUAGAAAGUCAGUUUUAUCCAAGAGAGCUUCAGUCUGGACCACUACACUAUUUUCCUUUGGGUGUCUCCUGAAAACUGUGGGUGGGAUUCACCUAACAUGCCCCAUCUGUGGCAGCCCUGUGCAAUGACUUCCACUUGCACAAAGGCCUUUCCCACUUCUUCCCCCCAAGUCGCUGAAAUUGACUCGGAGGGGUCAGGAGAAGCCCCAGAACAGCACAUGAGGGGAGGAGACUGGGGAUUGUUCCAUCUGGCAAACUGAAAUGCAACAUUCAUCAUAGCUCUACAUUGAAUUCCACCGUAUUUUAUUUAGACAGGCCUUUAAGAUGAGAAUUUAUUUUACCAACCAGUAUUUUAUUUAUUGGUCGUGCUUUCACUGAUCUUAUUGCGAUGCUGUGUUCUAAUACGUUCUGCCUUGCUAAUUUAUUUAUUUUUAUUCCAGUGCAUUUUAUAAAUAUGUAAGUAAACAAAUAAACGUAAAAUGCUUUUUAGGUGCCCUUCCUCAGAGAAGUGUACAAAAAUACAGAAACAAUUUGCACAGCAGAUAAAUAUGUUAAUGACAAACAACAAAACCAAAAGUAGUCCUAAACCAUAAAACUAAAACAUGGGGUGGAAAGCAGUUUUGACUAACAUUCUAUCUAAAGCUCUGGGCAAUAACUACCAGUAAAAGGAGCAAAGAGGAAGCAUGAAAGAGAGUGGCAAAUUAUGUCCGAAAUGAGAAUGCAAGAAGAAAUGAUAGAAUAAUGUCAGUAUUUUUCAAAUGAUUAUGCUAGUCUCUGCCUCUGGUUGCCACCAUUUUGUUAACACGCGCUGGCCUAGGACCAUCGUUUUUGGCUGUCUUAAGUAGGCUCUGCAUGUAGCAAGACUGAGAACCUGUGUGUUAUGUACUGAAGUUCUCACCCUGGGCCAGCAGGGGGAUACUGUAGUUAGUUUUCACUAAGGUCUGCAUAUGCAAAUAAGGGAUUGAAAGUGAUGUUCAGUGAUUGGAUAGUUACAGAAAGUGUUACAGUUGCGUUGUAGUGGAGCUCUAUAUAAGCAGGCUGGCUGAACCCUUCAGUUCAGUUCAGUUCUGGCCUGUGAAUAAACAAGAGCUGUUUGAAGAAUCGCUGUGUCGUCUGAUAUGUUCACCCACAACUUAACACUGCGUCCAUCCAAAAAUGUGAUGUUGUACCGUCACACAUUUUCUGAAUGUACAUAUGGCAAUGCAGAGGUGGUCAGUGUGGUGGCCUCAGAUGUUUUAGACUGCAACUCCCAGCAUCCCUGGCCACUGGAGCAGAUGAUUGUACUCCACAAAAUCUGGAGGGAACAUUAGCCACCCCUGAGAUAUACAACAGGAAAUUGGUUUCUUUUUUAAUCCACUUGUCUGCUUUUGCCACCUUGCUUGAAUGCCGUCCACUUUUCUUAACCCCUUAUGCUAUUCUGUUCUGCUAUUCUACUAGUAUGGUGGCAUCUCAGACUGCAGUCCUAUGCAUACUUACCUGUGCAUCUCAGUGUUUGCUUCACUGAACUACAACUCAAGCCCUCUGGAAGAAUUUGGUUCCUAUUGCUGUGCUUGUAUAAUCAAUCCGGUUUGGAGCAAGUAGAAAACUGUUAAGAUUCUUCCACCUAACUAAUACUUCAGUCUUCUACGCACUUACCUGAGAGUAGGUGGAGUUUACACGUACAAACUUGGGCUGCAUAUUGCUGUUCAUGGUGCUGCCAGAAGAUACAUGUUUGGCAGUCAACUUUACCUUCUUCGCUUCUUACUUCUAAUGCAUUUGUUCUCAUUUUCUGCACUCCUUUUGUGUAAGAAUGAUGCAUCUUUUCUCUUCCAUCUUUUCUCUUUUGAUGAUUUCUGACUUUAGUGACAUUUCUCUCACUCCCAGUCCUUCCUGCCCAGUUUUUAAUUAUUCUGAUUUCAUUUUCUCACUUUUAUGGAAACCUUAGGUGUUUAUUUCAAUUACAUUUAACAACUGGUACUAGGACUUGUGCAUCGGUUUGUGACUUCGUUUUUCCUAGAAGGCAAAUUUUGGGGAUGCGGGUGGUGCUGUGGUCUAAACCACUGAGCCUUUUGGGCUUGCCAAUCAGAAGGUUGGCGGUUCAAAUCCCAGCAACGGGGUGAGCUCUGGUUGCUCUGUCCCAGCUCCUGCCAACCGAGCAGUUCGAAAGCACACCAAUGCAAGUAGAUAAACAGGUACCGCUGCAGCGGGAAGGUAAACAGCGUUUCUGUGCACUCUGAUUUCCGUCACGGUGUCUCGUUGCGCCAGAAGUGGUUUAGUCAUGCUGGCCACAUGACCCAGAAAGCUGUCUGUGGACAAACGCCAGCUCCCUCGGCCUGAAAGCGAGAUGAGCGCAGCAACCCCAUAGUCGCCUUUGUCUGGACUUAACUGCCCAGGGGUCCUUUUUUUUACAGGGCACAGUGAGAGAAAUGUCAGCCACAACACAGUGGCAUUUUACAUAUUGUGUUACAUGUUCAUGAUCCAGUUUAUCAUGAAAACUCUUGCAUCACUCGUCUCUACUACCAUUCCUGUUGAAGCCUGGCUGUCAACCAGCCUGGAAUCAGGUGUGUGCGUGUGUGAUUGUUGGCAAAACGAUACCCCGAAAGGGGGAGGAGGAAUGCAAGUGUCAGAAAGCAAACAGCACGCAGGAAGGGAUCUGCAGCCAACGGCUAGAUGCUGCCACCUUCUGCUGCUCUGGGCUUAGAAAUAAGAUAUUACCCCUGCUUGGUCAGGCCAAGGUGUAAUAAUUCUCACUGCGCAGAGGUGAGUAACCCCCCCGACUCCACACACUUUGUGGUUUGUGUGUGCAGGAGGAUCUAUGUAACUCUUGAGAGCUGAGCGUGCGUAUUUCAGGACAGCAAGUUUCUCGGAGUGAGUGACAGCAGCAACAGGACAAGGGGAGGUGGCAGAGGUGAGCAGAGAGUCUUCUUUCCCAAGCAUGGCAAAUAAACGCUGGUCUCUUCUAAGCAGCACUAGGGGCGGAGGCUAAAACUACAGAUAAGCAAUGCAAGGAUAAUACGGAACGGUAUGGGCAUGAGGGAACCGGUGGUGAUGAUUUUUGGGACGGGGAGGUGGGACUACGAGGUGCAAUGGACUGAAGGGGCAGGGUAGGUUUUCAAGGAGGGGACAGAGUUAUGUAAUCCUGGGGUGCAGGCUGAGAUGUUAUAGAAAGUGGCAAAAGGAAGGACCGACAGGCAACAAAUGAAGGGGAAUAAUUAAUGUGAACUGUUUAAACUGCACAAUGCAAUAUGAAAAGAUGGAAUUGUAUACUCUUUUGGCAGCCGAGAUGUUGAGCUAUCUUCCUCCUCAAUAUUCUCCUGAAAGACUGAAAAAUGCUUGGUCUUGCAACCUUAAGAUCUCUCCCUAUAGGCUAGUCCAUAAUGUGCGAACACAUUCAAAUGAAUUCUGUAGCUGUAAUAGGUGAGGAGGACCAAUGUCAGAGCUUUGUGACUGCAUGUAAGCCGAUUUGUUAGGAUGUGUUAGUUGGACCAACGAUUAUAUAAUGCUGGUGUGUAACGAUUAACAUACAUAAUUGCUGUCUAGCAAUACAAGGCCGAAAGAAGAAUGUGGGAAAUAGGUUCAGCUACAAGAUACCCAUAGAUGUCAGUUUAUCAACAGGCCAGCCUUUUACUGGUCUGUAUAUAAUUUGUUCUUCAAGCCAUUUCAUAGAAGGGAAGAAUAUAAAAUCAGAAAAAACCCAUUUGUGUCUAUGUUUUCAUUGUUAGCGCUCACAUCUGUUUCCAAGAGUACAGGCUGGCUUGUCUCAGAAUGUUGUGAAGUACCUAAAGCUCAUGCUAUUAAAAAAAACAAACCCAGACUUCCUUCCUUGACCUUUUUGCCACUACCAACUUGCAUAGCUAUAACCCUAAUUUUUUUACUCAGAUUAAUUUACGGCUGAAAGCAUUAAGGGUGAGAGCACAGUGGACACACUUGGAGACACUUGUCCUUAAGGUGCCAGGAUUGCUGAAGUCAGGAGCUGAAAAUCCUGUAUAUAAAUUAUGGUAGCAUUUGUGUGGAGGCCAUUUUUGGGAGAAAGUAUGGGCUGCCGAGUGGCAACUAACACAAAAUAGUCUUACGGGAGAGAUGUGUAGAGAUGUAUACGAUAUUAAUCCAGAAAGCGGCAGCUAGACUGGUGACUGGGAGUGGCUGCUGGGACCAUAUAACACCGGUCCUGAGAGAUCUGCAUUGGCUCCCAGUACGUUUCCGAGCACAAUUCAAAGUGUUGGUGCCGACCUUUAAAGCCCUAAACGGCCUCGGUCCAGUAUACCUGAAGGAGUGUCUCCACCUCCAUUGUUCUGCCCGGACACUGAGAUCCAGCGCCAAGAGCCUUCUGGCGGUUCCCUCACUGCGAGAAGCCAAGUUACAGGGAACCAGGCAGAGGGCCUUCUUGGUAGUGGCGCCCUCCCUGUGGAACACCCUCCUACCAGAUGUCAAAGAAAUAAACUAUCUUACUUUUAGAAGACAUCUGAAGGCAGUCCUAUUUAGGGAAGUUUUCAAUGUUUAAUGCUGUAUUGUUUUUAAUAUUUGAUUGGGAGCUGCCCAGAGUGGCUGGGGAAACUCAGCCAGAUGGGCGGGGUAUAAAUAUAUUAUUAUUAUUAUUAUUAUUAUUAUUAUUAUUAUUAUUAUUAUACAAUACGGCAGCAAGUAUAGGGAAGCCUUUUAACAUGUAAUGUUUUACGUGUUAUGUUUUUAUAUACGUUGGAAGCCGCCCGGAGUGGCAGGGGCAAUCCUGUCAGAUGGGUGGGGUACAAUUAUUAUUAUUAGCGUUAAAAGUGCUGUUCCAAUGCGCAUAUACUUGAGGGAAAAGCUGGAUGCUGCUGCGUGCGUUAGGCCUAAACCAGCCAGGAAAAUAGCGAUAGCAUUUCUGAUACAGCCAUAUGGAUGUGCUUGUGAAUAACCUGAAACUAACAAGACUUGUGCUUUCAUAUUUGGAUUGUAUUUGCCUCGGAGGUCUGCUCAGAAACCUGAAUGGAAAUAAGUGUGUGUGUGAGAGAGAGAGGUUGGAGAUGAAAUGCUAAAUAGGACAAAAUGCUAAUCUUCAAAGUCGUUCCUCUCUUCCUGCCUAGAGAUUACACGGCUCACAACUGGUCAUGGAUGAAAGCCGAGUUUCUGGGCUUCCAGAAAGUAGGACUUAGGUGUAAUUUGGGGGGCCAGGAGGCCAAAUAAAGCUACCGCCCGCCUAACUUUCAGGCUCCGCCGACUCCCCUAAACACAACCUCAAACCCUUUCCCUCCCGCUCUUACCCCACCUCUCCGCCCAGCCGAGGCUCCCACCACGUGUGGGGAGCGCGAGUUUGCCGCGCCCGCCCGCCCCCCGUUUUGCCCCAACUCCCGCUUCGCCCUGGGGCUGCGUUGAGGGAGAAGAGCUGCGUGCGCGGAACGUGCCCGCCGGGAGACCGCGAAGGCCGCCGUGUAUACGCGCGCGCGAGGGGAAGAGAUGGAGCCCGACCCCUCGGUUAGUAUUAUGGGGGGGGCAGGCCGCCUAUGGGGAGGAAACCGUUGGUUUCCUGAGGAAACCGUUGAGGCAGGUUAUCUAAACGCGGGGAGGCCGGCGGUUGCGGCCGGGCAGCUCCGACGGCGGCAAAAAAAAAAAAAAAGCGUUUUAUUAGGCGGUGGCGUUAUUUUGUGUGGGUGGGCGAGCGAGAGGCGGGUAAGAGAGAGGGCGCGAAAUCUCCUCAGAAGCCUCGACGGCGGUUUCCCGCCAAAACCGGCGAGCGAGGCCCAUAACGCUCCCGCUCCCUCCCCUCAUCGCUUUAGGUCACGAGACAGGCGUUGGCCACGCCCUCCCUCCGUCAGCACGAGCCCCUUCCCGCUUUUAUCCUUCUUCCUAAGAUCCAGCCCCGGCCAACCGCCGGGCUCGCGCCAGCUGCUUUUCUCCCCCAAGAGCGAGCGCUCCUUUUGCGCGUGCGCCCUAACGGCCGGAGAAGGGCGGUUGGAGCUGGGGGGAGGGGAGCGAGGUUCUGUCCCGCCAGUAGAUGCCGAGGAAAAGUCCGUGCGAGGUGCUCCUAAUUCCCCCUCAUUCCUUCUGUAAGUGCUUCCUUCUCUCCGCCCGCCACUUUUCGACACCUUUUUGGCACUCAUUUGUUGUUGUGUCGGCCUUUCCCAGUUUGCCCCUCUCCCCCCUCCUCUUUUUAGCUUCUAAAACAGUGUUUCCAAACAGCUGUUUUUGGACUACAACUCCCAUCAUCCCUAGCUAGCAAGACCAGUGGUCAGGCGCGGUCUUGCUAGCUAGACGCGGGUGGCGCUGUGGGUUAAACCACAGAGCCUAGGACUUGCCAAUCAGAAGGUCCCGCGACGGGGUGAGCUCUCGUUUCUCAGUCCCUGCUCCUGCCAACCUAGCAGUUCGAAAGCACACCAGUGCAAGUAGAUAAAUAGGUACCGCUCCGGCAGGAAGGUAAACGGCGUUUCCCUGCGCUGCUCUGGUUUCGCCAGAAGCGGCUUAGUCAUGCUGGCCACAAGACCAGCCGGCUCCCUCGGUCAAUAAAGCGAGAUGAGCGCCGCAACCCCAGAGUCAGCCACGACUGGACCUAAUGGUCAGGGGUCCCUUUACUCUUUACCUUUAAACAGCUGUUUUUGGACUACAACUCACAUCAUCCCUAGCUAGCAAGACCAGCGGUCAGGAGCAAGAGCCUAGCCAGGCUUUAUGUAAGGGGGGAGCAGAACCCCAGUUAAGUAUUUGUUAUUGAUUUACUUGAUUUGGGGGGGCAGAUGCCCGCCCUUGUCUCCACCCAUGGUCAGGGAUAAUGGGAAUUUGGUGGUCGAAAAGCAGCUGGAGACCCAAGUUUGGGAAAUACUGUGGAAUCUAGAACAAGAGAGAGAAAGAGAGAUAAUAAAAUUAAGGGAGAGCAUCCGCUUUCUAGUAAAUAGUCCGCGAAGAACUUGGCAGUGCCAAGUUGGUAACUUAACUGUGGCACUAAGGAGUUUAUUAGAUAUGCCUCUUUCUCAUUUGGUGGGUGUGUUUCACACGUGGUGUAGAGUUUUGGAUCUGCAUUUGGCGAUUUGAAUAUAAAAAUGAGAAGUCUGAUUGCAGAUUUAUUUGCUAAUGCCGGAAUAAAAGGCGGAGUUCCUCUCGGUACUUCCAACUCGUGACACCUUUUGGCCUACUUUUGGUUUGUUAGUUAGUUUUCAAUCAGUUAUGUACAUGGAAUCUCCCAGUCCUUUUUACAAAGAGUUAUUGAUUGAUUGAAUUUAUAUAUCGCCCUAUACCCAGAAGUCUCAGGGUGGUUCACGGAAAAGACCACAAUAUAUAAAACCAAAAUAAAAGCAGUAACCCAAUAACAUCCCCCAAUAACACCCCCCCCCCAAGUGCUGGAGUGGGGAAUACAAACACAGAUUUUAACAAGUAUACAAUAUGACAAAAUACAAAAGUAGUAAACAAAACAUCCUGGGUGAUUUUUUAAGAAUGGCUUCAUCUGGAGCUGCAAAUGUAACCGAAAUUGCACCAGUAAUCUUCCCUGGGGAGACAAUACAUGAGGUGGGGUGCUACAAUAGAAAAGACUCUAUCCUGGGUCAAUCCCAUAUAUACACACAGAAAGAUUUCUGAUGAGGAUCUUAAUAGCUCGGCAGGUUCAGAUGGAAAAAUGCAGUACUUAACCCAGCAAGGAUGGAGUUCCAUGUAUAUUGAACAUACUGAAAACCCUUGUUUUCUUGGUACCUCUACAUAUCCAAAAGAAUCGUUUUUGAUAACACAUAUGCCAUGAAGAGAAUGCCUCAAAAUCAUCAUUUGUUUUAUGAAGAGUGUCUCCAUUUCUAGAGAACUUGAUAUUUUGGUUAGAUUGAAGAAGUGAGGGGUGUUGUCUCUGUUAUUUGCUGGAUUGAAUGAAAUAUCAGGACAGUUCCCUCGCCACUACCACUCUGCUCCAAUUGCAAGUAGAGGACAGCAACUUGUUGCAUUGCUCUUUGAGAAUGCUUGGAAUGCCUUAUAGGUAUUCCAUACCUGAUGGGACAAUCUACCACCCUUUUCUCCAGUUUGAGGCUUGGGAAUAGGCAAGGGCUUUUCACAUGCAGUAUGUCAAGCAAAAUUGUGCAUCCCUUUUUCUUUAUACGUGUGGAGUCUUAGCAUAUGUACAAAAACAUGCAGAGUUCAGUAUGUUCAACAGAUGUGGAAAUCCAUCGUGGGUUAUCUCAUGGGUAAAACUUGCUAUUGCUAAAACUAAAUGUGUAAGUACUCUACAGUGGUACCUUGGGUUACAGACGCUUCAGGUUACGCGAUUUCGGGGUGUGCACCGUGCCGAACCCGGAAGUACCAGAGCGGGUUACAUCCAGGUUUUGGCGCAUGCACAAAAGUGCUAAAUCAUGCUUUGCACAUGCGUGGAAGCGCCGAAUCGCGACCCCCGUGUGCGCAGACGUGGCGCUCUGGGUUGCGAACGGUGCAGGUUGCGAACGUGCCUCCCACACGAAUCACAUUCACGACCCGAGGAUCCACUGUAAAUGUAAUGCCAGGAACAGAUUCAGGCGCAGACAAUAUGCUACUCACAAACACCUUUAGAAAAGGAUAAGCUGUUUUGGAGUGGAACUUAACCUCUUCCUUCCUGCCCUCUGUUUCACUUCUCCAAAGUGCCUCCUGUAGCUUCUCCCCCAGAAGGGUUUCCCAUGCAUGUUGUGAGAAGUCACCAGGGUUCAAGCAGUUGCAGUUGAGGCCUCAAUAUGUAUGUUCAGUGUUAUGGCUAGAAGAAAUCCACAUAUUCAUUAAAUCCAUUUAUUCAGAAGUAGGUCCCGCUGUGGAGGCUUCUCACUAGGACAUAAGUUUAGGGUUGUAGUACUAGGUAGGUAAACAGAAACCCCAGCCUGAUAGAAAUUGAAUUACCAUAAUGGGAAUACAGUAAUAUUUUGUGUUGCAGUAAGAAAUUAUGCUGUGGGCAGAGCUUCAGUGCUGAAACUGAAAAUACAGUAUUAAUGUUUUUCUCUUAAUGGCCUAUAUGCACGUAACAUACGUAGUAAAAGAUUUCAUUGUUAAUAACAUUAGAAGAAAGGACAUGAUUUUGUCUAUUAUGAGAUCUCUGGUUGUGUAGGCAGCAGCUAUUUUAGGCGCUGACUUGCGGGUCCUUUUUGCCCUGGGGGAGGGCCGAAUCGGGGCUGGGCAUGCUUAUGAAGGGUAUGGGGAGUGGGAAUGGAACCCCCAGGCGAAAUGGUCUCCGCCUGUACAGUGGACCCUCCGGAUACGAACUUAAUUGGUUCCUGGGGUCCGUACAUACCCCCAAAAGUCUGCAUCUAGAGGCGCUGCUUUUGCACACGUGUACAGCGCAAUAGAGGGCUUCUGCGCAUGCACAAAGCACGCAGGGUGCUUCUGCGCAUGCACGCGUGGCAAAACCCAGAAGUAUACACUUCUGGGUUUGCCGCAUUCGCAGCCUGAAAGUUACGUUACCUGAAGGUAACAUAACCCGAGGGUCCACUGUACUUCCUUUUACAUAACCUUGCUUUGUGCUCUUAAGUUAUUGUGGGGGAAAGAGUACUAAUUUUAUAAUUUUACUGGAUAAAAUAGAUUAAAGCUACUCUGAGGUUCUUUUGGUUCUGAUUAGUUCGAUAUGGUCUGUUUGCUUAACUGAUUAGCUAUUUAAAACUCCAUUUUUAAACCAGAAAAUACACUUUAAAAAUGUCAGAGUUGUUCCAUGGAAAAGUUUCCAGCCAAUAUCUCAAAAAAGAGUCUCGGUUUUUCACAAGCUGCAGUAGAUUUUAAGAGGGCUGCAGGUGGUGCUGUGGUCUAAACCACCAAGCCUCUUGGGCUUGCCAUUUGUAAGGUCAGCUGUUCAAAUCCCUGUGACAGGGUGAGCUCCAGUUGCUUUGUCCCAGCUCCUGCCAAUCUAGUGGUUCAAAAGCAUACCAGCAUGAGUAGAUAAAUAGGUAGUGCUUUGGUGGGAAGAUAAACAGCUUUUCCUUGCGCUCUGGCACUCGUCAGUGUUCCGUGUGCCAGAAGCUGCUUAGUCAUGCUGGCCACAUGACCCUGUCUGUAGACAAACACUGGCUUCCUUGGCCUGAAAGUGGAGAGGAGCGCCCCACCCCAUAAUCAAAUUCAACUGGACUUAACCGUCCUGGGGUCCUUUACCUUUUACCUUUAGAUUUUUAAAUGCUUCUUUAUGAAAAAUUGUUUUUAAAUCAUGGUGAGGAAAUAUAGGCUAAAUUGUGUUCUUCAAUUAUAAUUUACUAAUGUCUUAACUAUUUCCUUUUAAUAACUUUUAACCUCUCAAUUGACAUAUCAGUGUAUUUUUCUUUUCCAAAUUGUUUUUGUUUUUUUUUCAACAGACUCAGGAAGGACCUUGUCGUGGUUCUGUUGCUCAUAGCAGACUGUGCUAUGCUAACGCUUCCUGUGCAUUCCUAGAUACUACACUAUGAACAAUUAUGACAAUUUUUUCCUGGAAAAGAAGCUGAAGUUUGGAAUUUAUUGGCUGAAUAUUAGGGACACUGUGAUAAUGUGUUUUUUAUUAUUGUUUGAUGGUUAACAGCAGUAGAUCUUUAUCUCAUGUUGUUCAUUGUCAUUCUGUGCCUUCAAUCUGAAGCAAAGGGAAAGAAAUUUAUUAUUAUUUUAAACAAUGAUGUGUUUUAAUUAUUAAGCGGAGGUUUGGGUUUAGAAAUGGUUAAAAUAGGUAUAGUGAAUUUUUUCUUCCAGCUCUUCAUUUAUUUUUGAUGGGUAUCCAUUACCAUGAUUCUUGUUGGGGGUGUGGGUUGUAUAUACGUAUACAAAUACACAAACAGUAUGUACUGCAGGAAUAUAUAUUUAUGAAGUUGAAAUGGCACCAUUUAGAAAAUCUUUCUGGAACACCAGUGCCCCUCUGGUUGGGAAUCACCCAGAAUUGCCAAUGAGAACUGAGCAUGCUCAGUGGUAAUGUAAUGCUGACUGGCUGUUGGGAAGGAUGGAAUGGAGUGCCCUAUAGGAGGGUAUGGCAGGGUGUCUGAAAUCCUGAACACGAGCACUCAAUUUUACAACAUUUUCUUGCAGGUUACACUUGUUUCAGUCUAUUCGAAAACAGUUGUUACAAAGCUUUACGGCCAUGAUUUUUACAACAGAAUUUUGUUCGGAUUUUAUACACCAUUCCCAUUCUCUGAUAAUUUCAUGUUGUGGGAAUAUUUUUGCAGAAAUAUUUUGAAGAAUAUAAUUUCUGCUGUGAAGACUAAUUUUUAAAAAAUGAACUAGAUAAUGUUUUGUACAAUAUAAUUGUGGGUUUUUUCCUAUGCAAAUUUCAGUCUUUUCCUGGUGGUCUUGCCCGGCAUAACCAUAGUUACUACUGGUUUUAGUUUCUAGCUUAUAAACUAAUAGUGGUGUACUUUUUUCAUUAUUUCUAGUACAGAAAUAAUGUUACUAGGGAAGAAGGUGUGGUUUUUUUAGUUAAUUUUUGAUAAUUUUCAACAUAGGAUACAGUAAAAACUGAAUCAAUCUAAAGAAAGAAGUAACAAACCAAGAAAAAGAGAGAAAGAGAAAGCUUUCCCCUGUUCCUUCAGCCUCAAACCCUGAGAGAGCCUCUCUGGCUUACCUCACAUGCAGGUCCCUUCAUCUUCUGUCCAUCACCUUCCUAUUUGUAUCUUCAUUUAUCUCAAAUAUAAAUAUUCAAAGAACAAAACAUACAUGUAAAUAGGGUUAACAGAGAGCUAGAGUUAAAAGUCAUAAAGUAAAGGUAAAGGGACCCCUGACCAUUAGGUCCAGUCGUGAAUGACUCUGGGGUUGCGGCGCUCAUCUCGCUUUAUUGGCCGAGGGAGCUGGCGUACAGCAUGUGGCCAGCAUGACUAAGCCGCUUCUGGCAAACCAGAGCAGCGCACGGAAACACCGUUUACCUUCCCGCCACAGCGGUACCUAUUUAUCUACUUGCACUUUGACGUGCUUUCGAACUGCUAGGUUGGCAGGAGCAGGGACCGAGCAACGGAAGCUCACCCCGUCGUGGGGAUUCGAACCGCUGACCUUCUGAUCGGCAAGCCCUAGGCUCUGCGGUUUAACCCACAGCGCCACCCGCGUCCCGAAAUGUCAUAGAAAAAGCAAGAUAUGAAGAAAAAAAUAAAAUAAAGGAGAGUCUUCCAAUUCUCUGUCUACCAAUUAUGUAUAUGACAAUUAUUCAAAAUAUUUAAAGUAUGCACUUCAGAGAAAAUUCUAGCUGUAUUAAUAACCAGCUUUUUCUCAUUCUGCUAGAUGGUAUUUCUCACCCUCCCUGGCAUCUUGAAUUCACAUUUUUUCACUCAUGAAGUCCAAUAUAGCACUUCAAUUAUUACCUUCUAGUGUCCAAAAUAAUCUCAGAAAGUAAAUUUUAAUCACCAUGAUUUUGCAGUCAGUAGCAUUUCAUUUGAACUGGGUCAUGGAUCUGUAACCAAAAGUUCUCUUCCUUUGAAAGAAGGAACUUCUCCCAUCAAAAAGUUUGCAGAGGGUAGAAAAAUGGGGUUCUGCUGCGCCAAAUCGCCAAUUUUAAAUUGUCCAGCAAGCCACACAUAAAGAAUGGGAAUGUCUACUUGCUUGUUCUGCUAAUUUAAAUUUUGGAAGAAGCUCUUUUAAAAGAUCGCAUAGUUUGCAAACCUACACACGUUUAGCUCUAAGUCCCACUAAAUUCACUCGGACUGAGUGGACAUAUACAGGAUUGCACUGUUAAUCAGGUGUGAUGUCUCUUUUGCACACAUGUAUAUUCCCAGCCUCUUUCAUACAUGUCCCAUCUCAUCAUGCAAGUUGUAAGGCUGUAGUCCUGUAGUCACACUUAUCUGGGAGUAAAUCUUUGAGUGGGUUUUCCCAAAUAAAUAUGCACAGGACUGCACUGUAAAUGACAUAGAGAAAGAGGUAAGUUGUCUUCUUUUCAUAACUAUGAAAGGAUCAAUCUGCCAAGCUGAAAUUCAUCUCAGUUUCUUAUUUUUCUGAUACAGUACUAAGUUCAGUUCUCCACCUUAAGCUGUUGGAGUCAAGGGUCUUUGGGGCAAGGAGAGAGUAAUUAGGGAUGUAGGAAGUGCUUUCUCUUGGUUCAUAAUUCCUUAGCUUCAAAGGGGUUAGAACCUUUAAAAACUUGUAGAGUUGGCAUGCAUCAUGCGACACGACCCGCCCCCCAAUACCAUAAACAGUUAAGGAGUAUGUAUAUCUCAAUUUCCCCAUCGUGUUUUCCUCCCCCUUAGACUAUUUAGGGUGUCAGUUGAAGAAAAACUAUCUCAUGGAGGUCAGUGAGCGUGGUCCUUGCUGGGUCAUUUAAGGGGUGGUUUUUUUCUUCUCGCCCUUUUAAUUUACAAACAAAUUGUUCUGUGCCCCACAUAAGCUGUGAGUACCCUGGUUUCACUAUUCCAGUGAGAGGCCUGAGACCAAGUUUGCUAUUGGAUAUAGCAUGAUUAUGAUAAGCAAAAACUUGGUCCUCUUCAUUUUUUAUUUGAUUUGUAUUGUAUGAACCUUUUGAAUUUUUUAAUAAACCGUAUUACUUUGCAUGUGCAUAUAGGGUGGGAUAUAAACACAUUAGUAAAAUACUUAAACAUUCCAGACCACAAGUGAAUUGGGUGUGUGUGGAAAGGUUUCAGUUUGUUCUUAUUUCUUGAUAAUUAAAAUAAGAAAACAUAUAAUUAAAAAUCAUAAGAACAUUAAAUAUUAUCUACCAUUCUCUUGUUGCUUUCAGAAUGAAUUUAUUAUGAUUUCUAAACAUAACUAGGUGCAACAGGUGAAAAAAAGGUAGUGUGUACCAGGUUGAAACCAUUUAUAUGAAAGCAAAUUCUAUUAAAGUCAGUGGAAUAUACUUUGAAGCAAAUAUUCAGUGAACUAACUAGCUUAUAUGUAUGUAGAAUUUAGCUGGCAAUCUUAGAUUUAGUAUAUGUGGCAUCCUGAAUGAAGAUACUACUGAAGGUAGCUUAGUACAUCAAAAAUUAAAUAAUAGCUGUGAUUUGUCUUCUUAGCAUUUCAAUUUUUUUGUGUUGAAAAUAUAUCUUAACAAGACUAUAUUCUCUUAAACAGCAAACUACAAAUCAGAUGCAAACUGAUUCUCUGUCGCCGUCUCCUAACACUGUGUCGCCAGUGCCUUUAAAUAACCCCACAAGUGCCCCAAGAUUUGGAACAGUCAUUCCUAAUCGCAUCUUUGUUGGAGGAAUUGAUUUUAAGGUAUUUUUUUUCCUGAUCUUUGUUCCUUAGCAAUACAAUAAUUUUUUUUUCACUUCUGUCUUAAUAGGUUGCUUAUAUCAUUGGUUGUAUAGUUUUAUGUGUAUAAAUGUAGAAAUUAGGCUCUAAUUUUAUGUAUUUGUUGGACAGGUAUAUUGCUACCGCACAAGAAUUUCACGAUACAAACACCAACCAAUGAGAAAAUACUGGAUUUGUUCACUUUGCUGGUCCUUCUCAUCUCUAGUAAACUGUUACUUAAUAGAGAAGAAAAGGAGAAAGAGUUGUAAUUUUGGACCUGGUAGAGCCUAGAAAGUAUCUAGCCCAAAUCCUCUUCCAGCACUGGUUCUAAGGGGGCAGGAACUUCUACUUAACCUCUGCUUGAAAGGUUGCCUUUAAGGCCAGUAGACUAAAAAAUAGCAUUCACAUUAUGAUUUUUGAAAAUUGAAUUUAAAAAGACAACAGAUAUGAUUCAGUUAGUGGAACUGUUGAUACAGAAUGGUGUGAUCAAUAUUAAUGUGAUUUAAAAAAUAAAACAUCCCAUAAAGGAAAUCAAAGUUAAAUGAUGAUUUUAAGUACAUUUAUAGUAAUGAUUUGAUGAUGUAAUCAUUUUCUUUUUCUUUUACUAGACUAAUGAGAAUGACCUAAGGAAGUUUUUUUCCCAGUAUGGCUGCGUCAAAGAAGUAAAAAUAGUAAAUGACAGAGCUGGAGUAUCAAAGGGGUUAGUACAAUAAAGCAUUUGUUCAUCAAGUAGAAAUAAUACUAGUUCAUGCAAUAUGUGCAGGAAAAAUUCCUUAUUACAUAAUUAACAAGACAUGAGCACCUUAAAACGACAACCCCAUAAACACUUAACUUGGAUUAAGUCUCAUUAAACUUAGUAGGGCUUGCUUUUGGGUAGAUGACUUGUAUAGAAUUGUUUUUGUUGUUGUUUAGUCGUUUAGUCGUGUCCGACUCUUUGUGACCCCAUGGACCAGAGCACGCCAGGCACUCCUGUCUUCCACUGCCUCCCGCAGUUUCCUCAAACUCAUGCUGGUAGCUUCCAGAACACUAUCCAACCAUCUCGUCCUCUGUCGUCCCCUUCUCCUUGUGCCCUCAAUCUUUCCCAACAUCAGGGUCUUUUCCAGGGAGUCUUCUCUUCUCAUGCGGUGGCCAAAGUAUUGGAGUCUCAGCUUCAGGAUCUGUCCUUCCAGUGAGCACUCAGAGCUGAUUUCCUUGAGAAUGGAGAGGUUUGAUCUUCUUGCAGUCCAUGGGACUCUCAAGAGUCUCCUCCAGCACCAUAAUUCAAAAGCAUCAAUUCUUCGGCGAUCAGCCUUCUUUAUGGUCCAGCUCUCACUUCCAUACAUCACUACUGGGAAAACCAUAGCUUUUACUAUACGGACCUUUGUUGGCAAGGUGAUGUCUCUACUUUUUAAGACGCUGUCUAGGUUUGUCAUCGCUUUUCUCCCAAGAAGCAGGCGUCUUUUAAUUUCGUGGUUGCUAUCACCAUCUGCAGUGAUCAUGGAGCCCAAGAAAGUAAAAACUUCCACUGCCUCCAUUUCUUCCCCUUCUAUUUGCCAGGAGGUGAUGGGACCAGUGGCCAUGAUCUUCGUUUUUUUGAUGUUGAGCUUCAGACCAUAUUUUGCACUCUCCUCUUGCACUCUCAAUAAAAGGUUCUUGAAUUCCUCCUCACUUUCUGCCAUCAAGGUUGUGUCAUCCGCAUAUCUGAGGUUGUUGAUAUUUCUUCCGGCAAUCUUAAUUCCGGCUAGGGAUUCAUCCAGCCCAGCCUUUCGCAUGAUGAAUUCUGCAUAUAAGUUAAAUAAGCAGGGAGACAAUAUACAGCCUUGUCGUACUCCUUUCCCAAUUUUGAACCAAUCAGUUGUUCCAUAUUCAGUUCUAACUGUAGCUUCUUGUCCCACAUAGAGAUUUCUCAGGAGACAGAUGAGGUGAUCAGGCACUCCCAUUUCUUUAAGAACUUGCCAUAGUUUGCUGUGGUCGACACAGUCAAAGGCUUUUGCAUAAUCAAUGAAGCAGAAGUAGAUGUCUUUCUGGAACUCUCUAGCUUUCUCCAUAAUACAGAGCAUGUUCGCAAUUUGGUCUCUGGUUCCUCUGCCUCUUCUAAAUCCAGCUUGCACUUCUGGGAGUUCUCGGUCCACAUACUGCUUGAGCCUUCCCUGUAGAAUUUUAAGCAUAACCUUGCUAGCGUGUGAAAUGAGUGCAAUUGUGCGGUAGUUGGACCAUUCUUUGGCACUGCCCUUCUUUGGGAUUGGGAUGUAGACUGAUCUUCUCCAAUCCUCUGGCCACUGCUGAGUUUUCCAAACUUGCUGGCAUAUUGAGUGUAGCACCUUAACAGCACCAUCUUUUAAAAUUUUAAAUAGUUUAGCUGGAAUACCAUCACUUCCACUGGCCUUGUUAUUUGCAGUACUUUCUAAGGCCCAUUUGACUUCACUCUCCAGGAUGUUUAGCUCAAGGUCAGCAACCACACUACCUGGGGUGUACGAGCCAUCCAUAUCUUUCUGGUAUAAUUCUUCUGUGUAUUCUUGCCACCUCUUCUUGAUGUCUUCUGCUUCUGCUAGGUCCUUACCACUUUUGUCCUUUAUUAUGGUAAUCUUUGUACGAAAUGUUCCUUUCAUAUCUCCAAUUUUCUUGAACAGAUCUCUGGUUCUUCCCAUUCUGUUGUUUUCUUCUAUUUCUUUGCAUUGCUCAUUUAAGAAGGCCUUCUUGUCUCUCCUUGCUAUUUUUUGGAAAUCUGCAUUCAAUUUCCUGUAUCUUUCACUAUCUCCCUCACAUUUUGCUUGCCUUCUCUCCUCCGCUAUUUGUAAGGCCUCGUUGGACAGCCACUUUGCUUUCUUGCAUUUCCUUUUCACUGGGAUGGUUUUCGUUGCUGCCUCCUGUAUAAUGUUGCGAGCCUCCAUCCAUAGUUCUUCAGGCACUCUGUCCAGCAAAUCUAAAUCCUUAAACCUGUUCCUCACUUCCACUGUGUAUUCAUAAGGGAUUUGAUUUAGAUUGUAUCUUACCGGCCCAGUGGUUUUUCCUACUUUCUUCAGUUUAAGCUUGAAUUUUGCUAUAAGAAGCUGAUGAUCUGAGCCACAGUCAGCUCCAGGUCUUGUUUUUGCUGACUGUAUAGAGCUUCUCCAUCUUUGGCUGCAAGAGAAUAUAAUCAAUCUGAUUUCGGUGCUGCCCAUCUGGUGAUGUCCAUGUGUAGAGUCAUCUCUUGUGUUGUUGGAAAAGCGUGUUUGUGAUGACCAGCUUGUUCUCUUGAUAGAACUCUAUUAGCCUUUGCCCUGCUACGUUUUGAUCUCCAAGGCCAAACUUGCCAGUUGUUCCUUUUAUCUCUUGAUUCCCUACUUUAGCAUUCCAAUCCCCUAUAAUGAGAAGAACAUCCUUCUUUGGUGUCACUUCUAUAAGGUGUUGUAAGUCUUCAUAGAAUUGCUCAAUUUCAGUUUCUUCAGCAGCAGUAGUUGGUGCAUAAACUUGGAUUACUGUGAUGUUGAAAGGUCUGCUUUGGAUUCGUAUCGAGAUCAUUCUAUCGUUUUUGAGAUUGCAUCCCAGUACAGCUUUCGCCACUCUUUUGUUGACUAUGAGGGCCACUCCAUUUCUUUUACGGGAUUCUUGCCCACAGUAGUAGAUAUGAUGGUCAUCCGAACUGAAUUCGCCCAUUCCCGUCCAUUUUAGUUCACUGAUGCCCAGGAUGUCAAUAUUUAUUCUUGCCAUCAUAUAGAAAUGUACUCAUAGUUAAAAAUCAACAUUUUUUCCCUACAGCGGAGGAGGAUAUCCUCGUCUGAGUUGCUCCCCCUGCUCACUCCAGAAGGCAGAACUAUGCAGUCAUAGUCAUUCAUGGUACAUUCAGGUCCUGGAAGGAAAGUACCAGCUCUUUUACAAAAAGAGCUGCCCACUGCCCUGCAUGCUCUGCUUGAAUUCUCUGCUCUAACCUCCCUCUUUUUCAAAAGCCCACACUCCCCAUCCCCAAUUGGACUGCACAGGUACAGUGAUGGGUAAGAGACUGCAUGCAUUUGAAAGUAAUUCUGCUGUCAGAUCUUGGUUGGGAGUGGUGCCAAUUGAGGCUUGCAGGUAACUGAAUGUGGGUGGGAGUUUGCUUCCCCACUCUAAAGGUGAGCUAGCCAAAUAUGGGCCAACAGGCCCCACCUCCCAGGGUGGAAAAUCCAACAGGUUGGUGCAAGACUUCUUAUUUUCACCACCACCACAUCCACAUUCUCCUUCAGCUCUUGCUACUGUCCUGAGGUCCUGGUGCUCCUCACUGCUCUGAACUGAUAGACCAAAAUGCCAUAGGCAUUGCAUUUCCAUCUCACACAGAGUGCUGAAGGAAAGCUGCUCCUCCCUCCACUUCCAUUCGGCCCGACCUGCCAUGGGAUAUGCCGCUACUUCUGUCAGUCAAGUCUUCCCAGUUCACAAUGUGGCAACAAUCUAGUGAAAAUAAAGUAUAGAGAGUAUACAUACAUACAGGCAAGCAAGCAUGUAGACAGACUUCUGGUUCAUUAUGUUAACUAUACAUAUAAACAUUUCUGUCAGUUAUCUUUUUAUUUGUGUCAUCUUGGUUUAAUCCAUUCAUUCACAAACUUGAAUAUGUAACAAAUCCUGAAAUUAACCCAUAAUAAGGUGUUGCGCAUUGAUAGAACAGAUUAAAAUAGGAAAUUUUAAUGACUAGUUUUAAGUAGAAUAGUUUAAACUAAGUUUAAACCGCGGUAAAAAGCCACCAUCCUGGGCCAUGAGAAUUUGUUUUGGGAAGCCAGCCAAAAGAUUAGGUUUAAUGGAUUUUUAAAUCUGGCUUUGUUUGAUAUGGUACAUAUACUGAUCCAUAGCGCUCAAGUCAGUCAAUGGUUCUUCCUCAUUUUAUGUGAUAUUAGAGGAGGCAUUCAUUUUAUGCAUGUCAAGCAGCAGCUCUUGUUUGGGAAGGAUGCAAAUAUAGUAUAUGCUAAGAAAAACGUAUGCUGUUUUACUUAGGUAUGGUUUCAUCACAUUUGAAACUCAGGAAGACGCUCAGAAAAUACUACAAGAGGUAAACAUGAUUUCAUUAAAAAUUAUAUAUUUGUGCACAGAUAGGAACUGGUAAUACCAAGUAACAUUUGUUUAUAGUAUGGUAGUGGGGAGUGCCUGGUGCUGCCCACAAACCAAAUAUAUUGUUAUUUUUAAAUGGAUAAUGUGGUUUGUGAGUUUGGACCUGCCAUACCAAAAAUCAAGUGAAGUUAAUCCAAAGUCUCGUUUUGGUCCACUGCCUUGAUUCCAAAUGGUGCCUGGCAUUCCAACGACAACAAUCUCUUCCAUCCCCACCUCAAAAAGUUUCAUGCCAAGUUUGGGAACCAUAUUUUGAGAGGUGUCCAAACGUAUAGGGUACAAACAGAUGCACAGAAAAACGAACUACUUUGCAAAAUAAUGGGGUACAUUAGACAUGGGGACUCUAUUAGUUAUUGGUUCAUUUGUUUAGUUUAUAAUUUCACUCUUCACACAAUAUUCGUAACACAAGAGUAAAAGCAUUGAAUACAAAAUAUAAAACAGAUAAACGUUACCAAAGUAUAAAUAAACAGCAACUGUCAAAAUUACUGGCAUAUUAACUCAACCACUAUCUGAAGGCUUGGACAAGGAGGUACAUCUUCAACCGCUGUGGAAAGGUAAACUAUUUCAAUGCCAGAUUUAUUUCAGAAAGGAGGUGAUUCCAAAGAUAAGGUCCUACUACUGAGAAGGUCCCAUUUUGUGGUACCUCAGGGAGGCUUGCCCAGCUUUCUUCAUUACAUAUCUUUAGGUGCUAGGCCAAAACAUUCUUCUUCUCCCAGGCCUUUGGCUAAUUUAGCAAUGCAUGGGAGCUAUUGUUUUUUGUUUGUGGCUAUGGUUAGUUAUAGUUAUAAAAGUUAUAAAAUUUAUAAUAGUUAUCAAAGUUUUAUGGAUCAAAAUAUUAUGCAUUUAUAUCCACUUGAGAUGGUUUUAUUUAUUUUUUAAUCCACUCUGUUUGAUUCAAUCCUUAUGAUCACUGUAGUUAGUUAUAAAGCGCAGUUGAAUACAUUAUUUAAACAAAUACUUGUCCAGUUCAAAAGAGUCUUACUCACCAUUUGGCACAAAACAAAGGACUGAGUUCACAAGACAUUUCCAUUAAGAUUUGAGGUGAACUGAAGGUAUCUGUAAAACGUGUUGUUGAGAUGUUAUUGGGAUUUUUGAGACAUUCAUUAUUUGAAUAUAUUUGAAAAAUAAACUAUUAAGGUAAAUAAUUGUAUGUAUUUUCUUUGCUUUGGCUUAGGCUGAAAAACUAAAUUAUAAGGAUAAAAAACUGAAUAUUGGUCCAGCAAUAAGAAAACAACAAGUAGGGAUUCCUCGUAUGUAUUUGCUUGCUUGCUUGCUUCCUACCCCCUAUCCCCAUCUUUUACGGGUGUUUUGGAAAAAUCUUGGGCUAUGCCAGUGCUGUGAAAAAUUAUUUAGGCUACAAUCCUAUACACACACACUUGGGAGUAAAUUUCUUUGAACUCAGUAGUAUUUACUUUUGAGUAGACAUGCAUAGGAUUGUACUGUUACUGUUCUAUUUGCCUACUAGUGAGUGUUAAUAUUCUCUUAGCAAGAUUACCGUAUUUUUCGCUCUAUAGGACACACCCAACCAUAGGACGCACCUUGUUUUAGAGGGGGAGAACAAGAAAAAAAAAUCUCCCCCUCUCUGCUCAGCACUCCUUCAGCAAAGCGGCAGGAGAAACGGAGCCCCUUCCAUUUCUCCUCCCGCUUCACUGAAGGGGCACUGUGCAGCUCUCCCUCUCUGCCGAAGCCAGGAGAGUCUUGCUCUCCUGGCUUCAGCAAAAGGAACCCAAAGCCUUCGGAGCACAGUGCGACUUCCCGCUGCAGUCCGAAGGCUUCAGGGAUAGCCGCCUGAAGCCUUUGGAGCGCAGCGGGAACUCGCGCUGCGCUCCGAAGGCUUUAGGCAUCUAUCCCUGAAGCCUGGAGAGCGAGAGGGGUCAGUGUGCACCGAUCCCUCUCGCUCUCCAGGCUUCAGCAAAGCAACGCGAAGCCUCUGGAGCGCGGAGGAGUGCACCCUCUGCGCUCGGAGGCUUUGUGUUGCUAUCGCUGAAGCCAAGGAGCCUGCAUUCGCUCCAUAGGACGCACACACAUUUCCCCUUAAAUUUUGGAGGGGGGGGAGUGCGUCCUAUAGAGCGAAAAAUACGGUAUCUAUAGUCGAACUCAGGCUCAUGAUAGUGGAAGGCUUCUGGCCCAGCUGAGGCACAUGCCUUCUGAUGGUGAUACAGAGUUGCUUCUUUUCAUCACAUUAGUCCAGGCAUAGGCAAACUCUGGCCCUUCAGAUGUUUGGGACUACAACUCCCAUUAUCCCUAGCUAACAGGACCAGUGGUCAGGGAUGAUGGGAAUUGUAGUCGCAAACAUUUGGAGGGCCGGAGUUUGCCUGUGCCUGCAUUAGUCAGUUUCAUAGGAUGAUUCUUACUAUUCUUAAUAUUAAAUUGCAGUGAGCUGAAAUUUUCUGUCAACACAUUUUGCGAUUUAGAGGGAAAUUCUGAUGUUGUAAUUUGAGGGGUGGAAAUGCUUCUCUGCUCUGUGUUGAUGGGGGACAUGUCUGACCCAGAGCCCACAGUCACAUUUGUGGAAAGUUCUGUAAGCUUAGAGGUACAGGAUCAGAAAUGGGACAUAUUGGAGAUUCCCUUUGGUUUGCUUGAUCCAACAGCAUUAAUUCCUCUGAGAGGCCCUAGGAUUGGAUCUCUCAACUACACCAGCCUGGAGCUGGCACAGUUAAUCCCUCCAACCAAUUAUUAUAGUUAAGUGAAUUGGUUUCUUGCCCCAAAAACUAAUGAGUGAGAAAUUAAACAAAAGAACUGCCAAGAUAAAAAGAAGAAGACCCAAGCAUGCACACGUUUCCUACCUUGGCCAGCAGGGCCUUCAAAAUGGUGGAAACGUCUGCUUCGCUCCCUCCCACCCACUUCCCAGUUAAAAUUGCUCUACUCGUAAUUGAUAAAGUAUAUUUACAAGCAUCAUAGCUUGGAUCCUAAAAGUGUGUGUGCUGUGUUCUGCUCACAGAAUAGGGUUUUUCUGCCUCUCUUCCCAUUGCAGUUCUCUGCAUCCUUCAAAAAGCCACUUGUUGAGAGUCAGCCCCCAACCCCUCAUCGCGUUUGUGUGCUAUGGAGAGCUGUAACUGCAACCUAAGAAAUUUGCAGAGGUUUAAGAGCUCUCGGUGUGCAAGUAGAAGUGCUUUCUGCUCUCUUGGGUUCAAGUGGUCUGUUGGAUCCAAACCCAUAUGUAUUAGAAUUUUUUUUAAGGAUAGAAUGCAAAGUACCUGUGAGUUUUCAAUUUUGUUACUGCUUAUUUUAGGAUCCAGUAUAAUGCCAGCAGCUGGAACAAUGUACUUGACUACUUCAACUGGAUAUCCAUACACGUAUCAUAAUGGUGUAGCUUAUUUUCAUACUCCCGAAGUUGCUUCUGUUCCACAGCCAUGGCCUGUACGUAAUUUCUUUUGUUCUGAGACAAUGCUGAUGUACCAAUAGCUGUUUGGGUUUGUUAUUGUUAAAUUUUGGAAAUUAAAGCUAAUCGUCUUCUCUGAAUAGCUAUCAGCACAAAUUUAUAUAGUAUACAUUGUUGCCUUUCUAACUGUGCAACCUUGUUUCAUACCUCUGUUGUAAGCAACUUUUGUGAAAAGUGCAACUCUGCUGUCCAGUAACAACUAAAAAGUAUAUUUAUUCAAAGGGUGCAGUAUAUUCCCCUGAAUAUAAAAAAGCAAUUGAGGGAGUCAGCAGGAAUAACUAUGAAAAAGAAUUUGGAUGGGCAAGCAAAUGGCAAAUGCAUGCAACACAGAAUUGUAGCCAUUCUAUGGGCCCUUGUAACUUUGAUUAAAAAAUAAUAAUCAUAGGAAUGAUCCUAGUCUGAUUCUCCAUAGGAUUUCAAAGAAUCAUAGAAUUGUAGUUGGAAGGGACCACAAGGGUCAUCUAGUCAACCCUCUGCAAUGCAGGAAUCAUUUGCCCAAUGUAGGGCUUGAACGUACAACCCUGAGAUUACUGGCAGUUUUGUGUAUGCAGUAUCCCAUUCCAAAUUCACUUUGUGGUGAGUUUGCGGCGUUCGGGAGCCAAUUUAUUUGGGAGUCAAGCCGUUCCAGUACCAAGGUACUACUGUACUGUGGUUAACGAUGAAAAGUGUAUUGAAGGGGAAUUUGUUUUGGAGGAUAAAGGAGGAUAGAUAGCAAAAGCCCAAAUGGCACUUCUGAUCUGUGACUUAAUGUAAAUGAUUUGUUUGUUUGUUUAUAAUUUAGUGUUUUAGUGUAUUGCAUAAAAUGUAUUUCUUAGUAGCAUAUUAAUAAUUCUUUGGACAACUCAGUAAGAUUCUAAUUGCUGUUCUCUUUUUUAAAGUCACGUUCUAUUUCUAGUUCUCCUGUGAUGGUAGCUCAGCCUGUUUAUCAACAACCUACAUAUCAUUAUCAGGUAAAAAAAAUAAAUGAUGCGUUUGGCUACUUUAUGGCAGCAUAGGAGAGGAAAUUGUGCUUCAUAGUUUAAUUGACUUCAUAGUUGUUUGUUUGUUUGUUUGUUUGUUUGUUUGUUUGUUUUACCACUCUAUCCUAAAAAAAAAUAAUCUUAAGUGGUUUACAGUAAUAUUUAUAUUUAACAAAAAAUAUUUUCAGAAACCAUAAACCAUUAUGGAAAGAUGUAUUCUUAAUUGAAGCAGGCUCAGUAGUACAGUGGUACCUCAGUUUAAGAACACCCCGUUUACGAACUAUUUGGUUUACGAACUCCGCAAAACCGGAAGUAGUGUCCCAGUUUGUGAACUUUACCUCGGUCUAAGAACGGAAGCUGAACAGUGGAAGGGCACCGGCGGCGGGAGGCCUCAUUAGGGAAAGCGCGCCUUGGUUUAAGAACGGACUUCCGGAAUGGGUUAAGUUUGUAAACCGAGGUACCGCUGUAGAUGGACAGCCAGUGUAUAUAUUUUAACAAUGGUGUCAAAUGGAAUCUUUGAAUGUUGAAUUGGAAGGGACAUGUUCUUGGCCAUGUGCCCCCAUCAGUAGUCUGCCCCCCUGCCCCCCCCCCAUUCUGCACCAGCUGGAGCUUCUGAACCGGGCACAAGGGCACAGUGCAGUAAUCCAACCUUUAGGUUACCAACUCAAGAACUACUGUGGUUAGAUUAUCCCUGUCCAGGAGCAGUCCUAGCUGAUGAACCAAAGCUGGUAAAAGCCACAGAGGACACUUGGGCCUCUGGUGACAUAAAUGUAUCCAGAAGUACCCACAAGCUAGGCACUUGCUCCUUCAGAGUACAAGCUCAGCCAGAACAGGUAACUUGCCCAUGUCCUGAACAUAGGAACCAAAGAUGAUUAAACUAUUGUAUGUUAUUAAAGAAAGAAAGAUUGACAAUAUGUCCACCUUGGCGUAUAUUGUGUUUAACUCGGCUGUAUUGCUGUUAAUGUCUUCAGCAUAUAUUUUAUUUUACAAACGGUGUAAAUGUGGAAUUUGGGGUGUGUUUUUUUAGCAUACUGUUGUUUUCAAUUACCACAGGCUCCUGCACAGUGUCUUCCAGGACAAUGGCAGUGGAGUAUUCCACAGGUAAAUCAUAUUCAGUCUCCAUAAUCUGUUUGUUUAUUUAUAACAUUUAUAUUGCACCCUUCCUCUAAGUAGUGUAAGGUAGUAUAAAUAGUCCCCUUUCCUCCACUACUAUCCUUGGAACAAUUAUGUAAGAUUAGAUUAGGGCUGUCAGAUAGUAACUGGCCAGAGGUGACUAGUAGCCUUUGUGGCUGGGAUUUGUGGUAUGGAUUUAAACCUAGUAUACCAUACUACUCUCUGUGGGUUUGAGGUAUACACUUCAUGAUGCCACGUGAUAUACUGAUUGUUCCUGGUAGACAUGCAGGUCCAGACUUAAUGGAAUGAAAUGGACUUUUAAUUCAGGGGGAUACUGCUGGUGGAUGGGAGUAGGAGGAGUAAUUUUUUGCUGUUUUCAUGGGGUUUCAGCCCCUUACCAUUCCUGAGAGUGGGGCUCCCUCAGCCCUCUGGGAGCAGUUAUUCAGAGAGUGAAAGUGAAGAGGCAAAAGUCUGCCUAUAGGAGCAUCCCCUUAGUGGAAUGCUGCUCAGGGAAUAUUCCUGCUGGCAGGAGCGAAGUGUGGGUACAAGCCAGUAAAUUCACAUCCUAGAAAUUUCAAAAUUAUACAGUUUCAAAAUACGGCCUUCAGUAGAUUCAUUACAUUACCUCAGGUAUUAGCUGGGACUGUUUUUGGCGCAUAGUCCUAAUUACUUGCUUGUAGAAUUUUGGGAGGAGGGAAUGUGAUGGAGAUGGAAGAGACAAACUCUUUGAGUAAGCUAGAAUUCAAUUCAAACUGGAAACAAGCUAUCAUUCAAAUGCAUGCACACGUUUCUGAACACAUGGGUUUGUAAGUGUCAAUGCUAAGAGUACGUCCAGGGGGAGAGCAUUCCACUUAAAUAAUAGUUAUCAUAUUUGCAUUGAAAUCAUAUAUUACAAUUUUUCUUCUUCUUUAGCUUGAAUUCUUCUAACAGUUGAGAGUGUCAUACGCAAAACAAUGUUUUCUCUUUUUUAGUCUCCUGCCUCUCCCACCUCAUUCUUUUAUCUACAUCCUUCUGAAAUUACUUACCAGCCCCUGGAGAUUGCGCAGGAUGGUGGAUGUGUCGCUCCUCCUCUUUCCCUAAUGGAAGCUGCAGUUCCAGAGGUACUUAUACUCAGAAAAAGUAUUUGUAGGCUGCAUCUGCUCUACCUAUUUAAUUAUUUGUAGAUAAUUUGAUAAGAUUGCAAUGUAUGAAGAAAGAAUUUGCUAUAAUCAAACAUUUUAGAAAUCUGCGGGGUACCUUUCAAUGAGGGCUGUGUGCUAGGGGGCCAGUCAUAGACUGAGUAUUCUCCAUUCACAUAUGAGAGAAAGUAAUUAGCAGUACUAAUUAAUUGAGUAUACUACAGUGACACUUAUCCCUUCAGUAGUCUCACUGAAUGUAGUGAUCCCUUUAUUUUAUCUUACAGAAUUUUGAGGGAACAGUUUGGAAAUAAAGCCCACUUCUAUCAGUAUAGCUCUGGUCUUUUAUUGGUUCGGUAUUGCAUAGUCCUGAUCUCAUAUCAAUUUUGUAGGGUGCUUCCAGACAGGGACCUUACAUCACAAAAAGGUUAUAUAGUAAAGGCACUUCUGCUUGUCCUCCAUGCCAGUGGGUGGAGCUUGUCAGAUUGUAUCUGGGUUGGGUUUUUUCUGUCUCUCCCCUCAGUCAUUCCUCCCUUGUUCUCCCCUACCUUUUCCCAUUCUGGGCAUGUGAGCAGAUAUUUCUGUAUCUGUGUCCAUCCACCUUAAAAAAUAAUUAUCUGAGAAGUGGUGCAAGAGCAAAUGUUGUGCAGCUAUGAGUUGAGUUUUUGAUAGGUAUUUCAAUAAUCCCCCUUUAUUCCUGCUGCCAACAUCAGAUAAUGUUUAUCUGAACACACCCCUAGUGUAACCAAAUAAUAGGCAUGUGGUAUAAUACAAUUUAUUUAUUUAUCUUUCUUUAUCUUAUUUGUUACUUUAUUAUAUGUACAACAAUGGCUACAAUAAUACUGGUUCUUUACUAAUCAGCUAACCCUGCUACACAUUCAUCACCAAUUCACACACCAUCUACCAGGCACUCCCAACAACACUCCCACCCAGUCACCACUCAUUCUCUCCCACUCUCCAUAACGUUUAAUUCCUCUAAUUUACUUAACAUUCACCUUGGGUACUCCAUACAUACAUGUGCUUACAAUAUUAUGUACAAAAGCACCAGUCUCACAAGGUCUACAUUAAAUUGCUGUAUUAAUCUUUAAAAAAAGUCUGAUGCAUAUAUUGCAAUGUACUCCAGCAUAAUCCUUCACAUGUACUAUGUGGAAACCUUGAAAGAAGAGUUCCUCUGAAGUGGGUUAGUGGAAGUAGACACAUUUACAUUGGUUGGAUCUAGACACAGCCAGGAAGCGCUUCAAUUAAACACAUCGCAAACUUUGUACAGUCAUACAUUGGAAGUCAAAUGGAAUCCAUUCUGGAAGUUUGGCUUCCAAAAUAUUCAGAAACCAAGGCGUGGCUUCCAAUUGGCUACAGGAAGCUCCUGCAGCCAAUCGGAAGCCGCAGAACCUGUGUGGGACAUUUGGGUUCCAAAGAGCGUUCGCAAACUGGAACACUCACUUCCGGGUUUGCGGCGUUCGGGAGUGAGUUCGACUCGCAAGGUGUUUGACUUCCGAGGUACGACUGUGAGAAAUUGCGUUGGCAAAAACGGAACUUCACAGCACCAUCUGGUGUCACAGUGUUAUAAUGCAUAUAAAACGCUUUUUCUAGCUGAGUCCAUUGUUUUGGCUGCUAGAAACAAAAUAGCUAACUUACGCUCAUGUGAGGAGCCAGUAGAAAUAGGGGUGCACUGAUAGAGCCACCCACUGAAACAUCAUCACACACAUGACAAACUGCCCACCCUAAAAAUCCAGAUGAGCAGUAACCAUGGAUGGAUAAUGGGUUAUUUUUACUUCUGGGUUUUUGUGUUGAAAUCUAGUUUAGAUGUAAAAAGUAUGUGUUGGCAUUUUGAUGGCAAUGACAUCAUGUGGAUGCUGUAAAAAACAUGUCAUCCACAAUCCGUCUGGAAGCAAUCUUAGUCUUGCUACUGUGUGACAGAACCCAGUAAACUAGCUUUUUUAUUAUAUGCUAUUAAAUUCAGUUUGGGUUCUGCAAACAUAGGCAGUAUAUUCCUGGCUGACAUUAGAAAUCCCUUUCACCACCAAUGCUCAUAGAAGCAUUUGAAGGAUCAAAAUAAUAAUAAUAACAGUAAAAUGUAUUAUUAUUAUUAAUUAAUUAAUUAUCACUUUCACAACCCAGCUUUACAUUUCAUGUGCAGUUAUGUGUACUCUAUUACGAUGGUCUCAUUUAUGAGGUGAAGCCCUUAGUCUUGAAACUUGGUUUUAAAAAUGUCACAUAGAGAGAAAUGUACAAAUGUCCCACUUUCAAAUUUUUAAAGUAAUCAGGAUGUCUUGACUGCAAUUUGACAUCUAGCAGGACAUAAAAUUUAACUCAUACUGAACAGCAAACCAGCACAGAAUGGUCAAACCCAUACAUAUUAGUAUAGCUAAAUUUAUAUAAGUGUAUGCAUGCAUGCACACACACACACACACACACACACACAAUAGUGGCAUUCAAGCAGGCAUGGAGGCUUCCAUCAGUGGAAGACUGAUGGAAUCAAGUGGAAGGUUUUCCUGACCAUGAUUUGAGAAGUCGAGAAGAUCCCAGUUAACUUAGGUGUUUGAGAGCUUCAUUGUCCCAUUCAUAUUGUUGCAUGCCACUCCAAUCUCCAACCGGUGUGGGAUUCUAGGGUUCCAGGUGCUUACUCGGGGUUUGGUUUCCUCGGGAUUAGGGAUGGUGGAAACUGUGGUGUCUUUAUGAUAUAUGGUUUAUUUGCACAUAUAUACAACCUGAGCCUACAAUAGAGGGGCUCACAGCACCAACAUUGCAGAACGUAUUAUUCCCCCAAUAGCCACAGCCUUGGAUUCAAGCAGAAAUCAGACAUGGCUCUCACUCAGGCUUCUGUCUGCUUCUGGCUCCCAGCUCACCCCCCUAACUCUGGUUUUUGUCCUUCCAAUUGCUAGCCGGGGGGGGCACCCAGCCAGGUGAAGGGGGAUCUACCCAUUUAUCCUCUGACACAGAGCAACUUCCUUUCUUAUAUUAACAACCCAUACUUAGGGCCAUUAUGGCCCUUGGCUGGCUAACUCAACAAUGGGAUAUUCCAUUUCAUUCCAGCCCUUUUUGGAGCCAGGAAUUAGAAGGGACUCAAGCAUACAGCCUAACUCCUGCCCCUAAACUCUCAACAGUAUGAAUAGAGAUAAAUAGGAACCCUGAUAUCUUAGCAAGUUAAACAUAUUUUUUAAAAUAAAAAAUAGAAAAGAGAGUAUAAAUAUAGCUGACCCCAUAAUUGUUAAGGCGUACAUGGAAUAUGAAGUGCUUCAGGUUUGCUAAGUUUAACAAAUAUUUCAAACAGCUGCUGGACUCCCCAGUAACCCUGCUGACUCCGGAGGGUUAAAAAUAAAUAACUUAUUCAUUUCUCAUCUACUUUCUGUAGAGUUAAAAUAGGAGACACAUAAUCUGCAAAGAGCCUUGAGUGCCAGUAGGCAUAGAAGGGGCAUAGGCAAUCUUUAGUCAAGAUAUGUUGGCUCAAUAAGUACCUGAGAGCAAGCUAAAUUGGGGGCAGGGGGGGCACUGUACAGUAGGGAUGGAAGGAUCUGUCAAUUUCAGUUCUCAUUUUCUCAUUUUUCUGAUCUUCAUUUCAGUUCUCCACGCUUCUGCAGCAAUUUGAGAAAAUCCUCAUGAAAAUUCUUCAGCAUUUAAUUUCUCCUAAUAAACACAUAUUGUAUACAUGUUUGACUAAUAUACACAUUUCGCAAGCAAUUUUUUCUAAUAUAAUGCAUUUUAAUCUGUUGUUUUCACUAAUAUAUAAUUUUAUGCACACUUUUCCCUAAUAUAUGCAUUUUUUUAUAAACGUUGAGAGAACUGCAUCGCAAAAUGUGGAUAGGUCUGACUUUCUUACAGUGGAUGGGUUUUGGUUCUUAUAUUGUUUCGGAAAGUGCAAAUUGGAUUGAUUCGUUUUUAAUGCAAAAGCAAUCAAAUUUCUUCCCAGCCCGUUGUGCAGUAGAUGGGCCAAAAUACUAUAGAUAUAUUGACAACUUUAUAACUUGCAAACCAAAGAAUAAGAUUUCCCCCUUGCAUCAUACAUUAUAUACAUUUAGCACUGCCAGUUCUGCAUUAUUACAUGCUUCCACUAAUUAUUUAAAUAUACUGUGGAUCUCUUCCAGUCAUUUUGAACCUUCCUGGCCCCAAAUCAGGUAAAAGGGUGUCUGUAAUAGCCCUAACAUCUAACCUACAACAAGCAGAAGUCAGAAUCAGGUCUGUACCUUUACAUCUAUUCUGACAAAAAAACAACAACCUGGAAAUUUGCAGGUAAACAAUUAGCCCAAGGUCAGUUGGGUUCUUGGAUAACUAACAUAACAUUAAAAAGGAGUUCUGAAAUGAUGGAAUGAAAAUUGCUUUCUGUGCACUUUUUUCCUGUUUACGCUAUUUUUAAUAUAUACUUGUUUUGUAAAUAUAUUUGUUUGUAAAUAUGUUUUUCAAUAUUCAUUUGUUUACCAGCCAUAUUCUGAUCAUGGAGUUCAAGCAUAUCACCAAGUUUAUGCUCAAGGUGCCAUAGCCAUGUCAGCCCCUGUGAUGCAGCCUGAGUCUGUUAAAGUAAGGUCUAUAACCUUCUUUUUCUUUGGGGGCGUGUUUUAGCUGAUGGGGACACAAUUCAAGUUGGAUUGGGAGGUGAUAGUGUGAGAAAGGCAUAAAAUACCCUUUCCCUUGCAAAAGUAUAGGCAUACUUAGUUUUAAUUUUUUUAUUGUAAAUCACAUUGAGCUUUUGGAAAGGUGAGGUAAAAUAGAUUACAUAAUUAACAAAAAAUGAAAAUCCUUUGCCACUUUAUGUUGUUCUUUUUCUGACUUUACACUUGAAAUUCUUUGAAACAUUAGAUGUUUGAGUAGAUACUUAGUAUAUGCCAUAGUCACAAAAAUAUUUCCAGUAGAGGGUGCUACAGUACUAAAUGACAUCACCAACAAAAUUCAGUAGGAGCUAAUCAAUAACAAGCUAUGAAAAAUAAUAAUCAUAGAAAUGUUUCAAUGAAUUACAAAUUCUAUUUUCCUUUUCUAUAUUUUCUUUUAUUUUUCAAAAAAUUAAUUAUCUGACAUUGUUGCUAAUUGUGUGAAUGGUGACCAUUAGCAGUAGCAGCCGGUGAGGUGGGAUGAAAGCAAUACUCAGCUGCGAGUGGGGGCGAGUGUCCUUGUGGCCAUCAGCAGCUGCCUCUGCUGUAACUUUGUGGUGUCUUACCAAUAAGGGCAGAGGGUGCCUAUACUCCCCACUGUCUGCUAUUGAUUUGGGUGAAUAUUUGGUGUGUAGUUAAGCCUGGCAGAAACUAUUAAAAGACAUUAGUCUACUGCAGAAGAAAGAGUUGCUCUUCCUUUGUUGUUUUAGUUAGAUUUGUAAAAUCAUUUUGUAAAAGUUAUAUCACGAUGUCUUAUUUUUUUCACUUCCCUAUUUAUGUUGCAGUAUAUACUCUUAGCAAAGUGUAAAGGAAUUUGUCCUUCAAAAUCAGUUCAAAUUAAGCUAAUUAGCGAUACACAUACUUGCUUUGGGCUAGACUCAUUAUAGGCAGAAAGAGGGCUAACAAUUUCAAUGCAGUCUUUUUUUUAACUUCCUGAAAUAAUUCUACACACUGCCCUGCUUACUUACGCUAUUGUACUGUACAGUACAAUUGCAUCAUGCACAGAGGUUAUGUUCUGGGGAUGGCACUUCAACCCCAACCCCAACCCCCCUCAUGGCCAUCUUUACCUUUAAGCAAUUUGCAGGGCCGUCCAAGUUCUCACAAGAGCCUCCGAAAGCCCUGCUAGCAAGCUCAAGAGCUUAAAAGCUCUUUCCAUGCCAGGAAAAGCCAGGGCAGAACAAGGUUUUGAGCUCUUCAUUUUGCGUGCAGUUAAUUUGCGGUAUUUCAACCAGCCAGCUUUCAACCACAUAAGGUUGAAAUCAUGCAAGACACCAUUGUACUGUAGUUCUUUUUUCCUUUAUUUCAGGCUUAAAGAAUUUUAGCUGUAGUUAGCUGCAUUUAGAGCUUGGGUUCUUUUCCUCUCCUUUGACCUUAAUGGGCUACAUAGCCUUCUGAUACUAGAACAAGGAGUAAGAAUCCUAGCCAGACAUGCAAUUGGAUCUGUGAUUAUGUUUCUGUUUUCCUCCUUCUGUGGAGUAUGUCUUCCAAAGCAGAAUCAUGCAUCUACCAUACUUGAGAAACUUGCAUGUUUUUAUUAAUAUAGCUGUCUACAUGUACAGCUCUGAGUAUGGAAAAGUUCUGAAGCUUGGCUGACCAGUGCUGUAGCAGAUGGUUUACAGGGUGUGCAUAGAAUCAUAGACUUGGAAGGGACCCUGAGGGUCAUCUAGUCCAACCCCCUGCAAUGCAGGAACGUAUCUUCCUGCUUAGAUUUUUGUGUUUUGCUGCUGCUGCUGUGGCAACAGGAAAUUUUGUUUUGUGGCUGCUAAGUAGAUUCUUUUUCCUUUUCACUAGUUAGAAUUCAUUAAUAAAGCAAGCUAUUGGGUAGUUGUGUUCCCUCAUAUAUUUUCAUUUGGGAAUCCUGUAGACCUCUGAAAAUUGGGGAGGCAUGAUGUGCCCAACUCAGUAUUAAUCACAGCUGAAGAGGCAUACUCAGAGCAACAUCGUGCAUCAGCCCUUGGUACUGAGCUGAUUUCUAGAGAUGAGGAAAAAACAUAGAGAAGGAAAUGGCUAGAAAGCAGUCUACAUAGGCCACAACUUGCUAGACUAGCUGUGCAAUAGGCCACCCACAGCUGAGAAAAUGGCACACCCAUUGAGUUUUCAAAGUCAGAUUUUCUGAGCUCUGAAUGAGAGGCAGGUGUUUUAGUUUUAACAUUGUGCAUAUUCCCUGGAAAAGUGAGUGGAGAAAAUGUGGCAGUUCCACAGUAAAUGCAAAGUGUGGAAGCAGCCCAAGUGACAAUCUGUCAAGGAACUGAGAGGACAGAAAUUCUCUACACCAUGAAAACUGCAUGUCUGAAAGAUGACUAAGCUAGAACCCUACUAUCUGAUAUCCAGUAUUCAAUAUGUUGAGAGCUUUAGCGCCUUCCCUUUUAUGCCCACCUGGGGAACUCAGGUAUAUGGUAUCCAAUCUGGGCUGCAUGUUCAUGUGUUUUCAGCCAUUUUAAAGAAUGGAGUGCCUUGACUCCUGAAUGCAUAGCAUCACAAGCCAGUAAUUUCUUUUAAAUAAGAUUAAGCCUAACGUUUGUUAUCUAGGGAUGUGCCUUUUAAAACAACAAAUAUGCAACUAACCAGGACCUAUUAUUUCAACUUAAAUUUGUUAUAAAGCUAAUGAACAUGCCCACCAAUAUCUUCUAAAUGUCCUACAGCUCACAUACCAUUGCCACCCAAAUUCGCCAGAAAUCCAUCCAUCCCUGGUUGUAUCCUGACAGGUUAUAAUUAUUUGGCUUCAAAUAAAUUCAGCAUUGUGUUUAGACCCACCAAAGAGAUGGCUACCAAAAGCAAACUUCUCCAGUGAAGAAUCUCCAAUAUUAUAGAAUGGAGUUGCUACAUCUGGGCAUUUCAGUAAGAAUGGGGGGCCAGUGGGCUGUUUUCAUGGAGCUGGAUACCAUGUCCCUAAAUCUUGACACCCCACUGUUAGCCCUAGUAUGUCACAAGUGCUUCCUUGCCUUCCAUGUUCACAGAGACACCUGGAACUGGAAAUAGGCAGCUGCAUAAUGUAAGAGAGACAGACUGGAGUUUAUGCCUUAAUCUAAACCAGGGAACCUUUGGCCUUCUAGAUGCUAUAGGCUCAGACAUGUUGGCUUCUGUCUCUUGUUUUAUCUGCAGUUAUUUGCUCAAACAACAGUUUUCUGUGACUUACCUUGGAGUAGAUUACAAGAUGGAUUUAGAAAAUCCGCCCCUCCCCAGUUUUCAACAUGAAUCACAGUAUAUAUAGCUCAAUUGGGGUGAGGAAUCUCCAGCCUCCCAGUUGGGCCUCUAGGUCUAAAACAAAUGGGGAAACCUUGAAAUAAACAGGAUAAGCUUCACAUGCUCACUUAGGAAUGUAAAGUGAACAAAGUAAACACUAACGAAUAUUCAGAUAGCAAUUGAUCAUACUGUUUCUGUCUAAUAACUAACAAGGUGGAGUUAAUUUAUUCUCAGGGUUUGGAGAUGCUGAUGCAGUACUUCUAGGAGUGAUAGGUAUGCUACAGUAUUUUCAGUACCAGUUCAUCAACCUGGGUAUUGUUCAUCAACCUGUAUUUUUUCCCACCCAGUUAUGGGCAAUUCUAAAAGACUUGGGUAAUCUCUUUCCCUUAGAUUAGAACAAGACACAUUCCUUUGAAACCUCAGCCUUGUUCAGAUAGUUCCAGGCUGAUGAAUCUUUCUUGUGACCUCUGUGAUUACUUCCAGAUAAGUACUGGGGACAGAGGAGAGAUAUAUAUUUUCUAAUAAAAAUUGUAACCCAUUCCCCCCCCCCCCAAGAAGAGUUGUCCAAAGUGGCUAACAACAAAUAUAAAAAUAAGCGACAGACAAAGCAACUGAUUUAAUAAAGUGUCUCAUAAGAUUUAGCAAUGGUUGGGAUUUUAGGAGCGUUGUCUUUCUACACAAUGCACACACAUUGCAAUAAUCCUUUCUAGGAGCAAUGAACAUGAGUGACCAUGGCUGGGUCUAGCUGCCCAAAGAACAGGAAAUCAGAAAUUAGUCAUGCUUUAAUGCCAUUAAAAACAGUGGGAAUUAAGUUAGACGUUACUACCUUAAGUCUCAUUAGUUCCAGUGUGGCUAAAAUAGGACUAGUUUCCUCUGGAAUACGUGAAUUAACCCAGAUAGUACUGGGACUACCUUGACUGAAUAGAGAGCUGGCGUCCCGCAAGUACGUCAUUACUGAAGCUACCUGAGAGCCUAGGAAUUUCAUGGUUGUAAAAAGAGAGAGAGAAAGGUGAUUUCAACCUCUUUCAGAAGCUGCUGUUCAUGAACCUGAUUUAUAGGAGACUGUUCUUGGCACAAGACUAAUUGAGAAGAACGAUGUAGUACGUAACAUGCUGAAAAUCAAGUGUAGGAAUUUGCAUACAUGUACUAAUUAUUUGUGGAUAAAUAGAAAAUUUUGCAUAAUUGACACUUGGUAAUUCACAUUUAACCAGAGUGAUCACCUAGGACUGAUGGGUUUGCUGAUCAAUCAGAAAAUUCUUUGAAAUUAUUUUCCCUCAGGAAAUUGAAAACAAUCAAGAGCAAAUUUGCUUUAUUAUGGUAUAACUCCAUAAUCUUCAACAAUUCCAUGGGAAAACUAACGUGCCAGAGUUUCUUUUAGUGCUUUUUUAAGUCGGGUAGGAAAUAGUUUUAUAUAGUCUUGUUGUUGCUGUUACUGUUUUAAUGAAAUAGAUUUGUGUACCACUCUUUAUCCAAAGAUCCCAGUUUAGUUCACAUGUGGUCAUUUUGUGUUGUAAAUUAAUUCCUUCCUUUGCAGACUUUGUUUAUAUAUUUAGCAGAAUUGUCAUAUACCUGCUUAAAAUGUAUUGUAAUAAACUGCUAUUUUGAAAUGUAGUUUUUUCCUCUUUAUAGGAAGCCAGGAUACAUUCUGUAAGAAGAAAUUUUUCUCAUCCUUCUUCUAUGAGUUUAAAGCCUCGUUACGCACGAAGUCCUCACUUUCAUCCUAGAAAAGAUUACAGAUCAGAUGACACAGUGCUCACUGCUCCUUCCUCUACAGACACUGUUAAAUAGCACCAUAGUUAUACUUUAUAGCUAAUAUGAAGGUGUGUAAUUUUGUAGCUCCUAAUGUAUAUUGAAUACUGCUAAGUCAAAAUGUCCUUGCUUUUUGUAAGGUGUUUAAAGACCUUGCACUUGUAAACAUAAAUUGCAGGAUAAAAUCAUGGUUACCUUUAUCAAUUGGUAUUCUUAUAUGGUGACAGACUUGUAAUUGAGAAAUAUGCAGGCUAUACAUGUGCUGUUUAUUAUGCCAUUUAAAACUAGCGUAUUUGUGCUGCAAACCAAACUUAAAAUUCAUUUUCAUCUGAUAGGUUACAAGAAUGACUAAGUACAAUAUUAAAAAACGUUUUUGCUUGAUGGAAAACGCAUGCUAUGCUGGAAUCUGAAUAUUUUAUUUAACAUUUGUAUUUAAGCAUAUUUUUGGGGUUUUUUUAAUAAUUUGGUGCAAAUACUGUUUUACAUAUUGCAACUGAAAUAAAAUCAAUCUUUUUUUUAGUUUAUAAAAUUUUAAAGUAGUUCCAUCUGCUUAUGUCCACAUAUUUUUUCCUGAUUUUUGUGACGGAUACUGUUCUGAAGGAUAUAAAAUACUACACACAUUUUUGAUACUAUUUUGGAUGUGCAAAAAUACAAGCUUUGCAUUAAUAACAUAAUCUAUUACAGUAUUUGAAAACUUUCAUUAAGCCUUUGUCUUCUCCCUGUGCAGGAUCAAAAUGAAUCACUGCCUGUAUCAUGUCCUGAGGAGGAAUACAAUUAUCCUCUUCACUACAAGGAUUAGAAUUGUUUAUUCCCUGCUUUUGUUUUACAAGCUUUUUGCUGUAGUCUUUCAAUUUAUACUUAUUCUGGCAUAAUAAAUAUGCCUGCUGUAUUCAAUUAGAAUUGAAGCCUUUUUAUCAAAGGUGAAGUCCAAUUGUUUUAUUUUUAAAAAAAGUCAGGUAAGGAUUUCAUAGAGUCAGUAAUACAACGUCAGCAAGGUAGCAUUUAAAUAAAUCUUUUAAGAACUACUGAUACUGUCUUAACAGCGAACUGGAAAUAAACAAACAUUUAAAUACAACCAUAUUACCUGCUUUUCCCACAGUGUACCUACCAUUACACGUGGUUGGAGUUCGGAUAAAUUCAGACUUUUACUAAAAAUUUAUUUAUUUUUCUAGUAACAUGUUCACUCUUGAGUCUUUAAAUAGGUUUGCACCUUUAUAGAACGUAAAAAGAUCAUAUGCAAAAAUAAUUUAUACCUUUUGUAAAAAUGUUUGUGAUAACCCAGCAACUAUCAGAUUUAAGUAGUUUUUAUGUCAAGUAUAAAGAACUUGAAUGGUUGGGGGUUAUCUGUUUAAUGUUACUGUUUUUAUAUUUGCAGAGGUUUUAAAAUAUAUCUGUAUAAAUGUGUUCACAUCUAUUGAAACUGCUUUAUAACUGUGAAAGGAUUUGCUCAGUUGUAUAUAUCCUUGUAAACAAUAUAAAAGUAGCCAAGAAAAGGCCAUGUGUUCUGUUACUAUGGCAUUAUUUCUAAGUAUAUCAUGAAACCAUUGUAUAUAGCUAAUUUCAUCCAAGCAAUCAGGAUCAGUUUUGAAUCUUUUGCUUGGGUUCCCAUUUUUACUUCGUGUAUUAGACUAAAAAAAGCAUAAUAUUCUGAAAAUAUUUCAAAAUUGAGAUGUCCAAAGAAUGUCUGGCAUUUAGAACUGCAAUUUAGAAAACAAUGUCAUUCAUACUUGAAAUCCUUUGUUCUUACUGCUUGCGUUACGGAGUUAUUGAUAUUUAUAUCAGGUUACAUAAUACCCAAGACUUUCCAUUUUAGUUAAUUCAUUUAAGAGAGCAAUAUAAACGUCAGGAUUAGAUUUUUUUAUCCCUGUUUGGCGAAGAGUAACUCAAUACACACAAGUAUAGUAAUAUAAAGAAAUGUCUAAUGCAUAAACAGGUCCCUCCCUCAUACCUAAUUCUAAGGGGUUAUAACAGAAGUAAGAAAGCUGUCUUCUACCCUUUGUAUCUGAGGGCUGUUAUCAAUCCUUUUGAAAUGCAUGGAUUUUUUUUAAAUGCAACAUUACAUUAUAGAAUUUGGGCUAAUACCUGGUCAACCAUAUUAUCUUGAAGGCUAGUUGAAUCUCAUCUAUUCCUUCCCCUGUAUUAUGUUUCUCCAUAGAAAAAAUAACUCCUGAGUCUAGUGUACUUAUUAAUUCACCUCAUUUAUAUAUUGAGGGUUAGCAAGCAAACAUUAACAACACCACUCUGUGUUACAAUCCUGAUUUUAAAACUUUUAUUUGGGAUACAUGAGAGAAUCAUAUUUGCCAUAGAUUUAGAGAUUGAAUGAAUUAUUUAAGUAAUGUUUACGAUCAUAACUCCAAACGUAUUUUAAGAAAUAAGUGAAGAACUACCAUAAUGUUAAUUAAAACAGGACUUUUCCUAUGACUGUUUUGAAAUGUUCGAAAAAUGUGAACACCAAAUUGUUAUUUGUGCUAGUGAACUGGGGAAAAUUCACUUUAAUCAUCACAUUGUCAUUUGACAUAUCACUUUGCUAUUUCUUUAUGCUUUUUAACAUACUCUAUAAUCCAUGUAACAAAAUAAACUACUCAACAAACUGCAUUCUACUAAUAAGAUAGACAAAAGUAACAGAACACAUGGCUUUGCAUACAGACUUUCUACCUGUAUUUUAGUAUAGUUUUACAAUGUAAGUUUAUUGUAAUAUGUGUUAGUGUAAAUGUUAGGGUAAAAUGGUAGUUUUGAGACGCUCAUACUGCACCAGCUUUUUAAGAAAUGUAAAUGUCACAAGCAAGAUAUUUGAAGAGAUACGUAUACAAAUAUACUAAGACACUAGAUUUUUUUAAUACACGGUAAUUCCAUAUUACUGUGGAGCUCUGAUUUUGAACAAUGCUACAAAGUAUAGCAGAAGAGUAUUAUUUUGUUUUGGGCUUCAUUAUUGGACAGUGUCGAUCAGAGCUUUUGGUGUGAUAACAAAACAUAGCUGUAAAAUGGCACUUGAAAGCAGGAUGUAUCGUGGGGUAUUCUUUAACAUAUUUUCAAAGGAAUAUAAGAGUUUACUUUUGCCAUGGUAAUAAGGAGUAGUUCAUAAAAAUGCUGAUCAUAAGUAGAGUAUUUUUGCAUUGUCAUACAAUUCUAGCUAAAUCAACAGGGUACCAACAUGGCUCCUUAUGCAUUUACUAUAGUUCCUGCAACCUUAAGUAAGUUAAGAUAAAUGUACAGAAAGAUGUUUUAUCAAUAAUUUUAUAGUACUUCAAAGUUUUACAGAUUUGUUCUCUAAUCAUUUUUUGUUUCAAAUAUGGGUAUAAUCCAGUCACACUGAAGGAUUCUGUUAGGCUCAGUAGAGCCUUGAUUUACACAAAUCCCAAACAAGCAUGAGGCAAGGAAGCAGCGUUGUAGGCCUAUGUAUGGACUUUCCAUUCAACCUAAUGCCUUUUGCACAACCUCUAUACACACAAUGGAGAAAGCAUGUCUCUAUGAACUAUUUGUGCAGGGCUGCUAGGCCCACACUGGACUGGAUUCUGCCAUGAAUGUAUGAUAUACAGUAACAAUAUUGGUUCCUGUAGCUUGUACCAUUUUUAAGAAGCCAAUGGCUUUGUAACAAACGUUUCAUCUAAAUAAAGUAUUCUUUAUGUACUAUUGGU